AUGAUCAGUGAAGAACAGAUGCAGAAAUCGUUGGAAGCACAGCAAGCCAGCUUUAUGGCUCUUCUCGCAGGAAUGCAGAAGGACUGGAUGCAGACAGGAAACGAUGACAGAAGGAAGUGGCUGGAGGACAGGAUCACAGAAUUCACCUACGACCCUGACGACGGUUUUACGUUUGAUAUGUGGUUCAGACAAUAUGAAUUACUGUUCGAAAGAGAGGGGAAAAGUCUUUCUGACGGAGAAAAAGUGGAAAUUCUGUUGCUGAAACUUGGACGAAUGGAACACGAGAAGUAUGUCAAAUUCGUCCUACCGAAGAAACCGGCCGAGAUCGAAUUCACGGAGACGGUGAGAAACCUGAAAGCCUUAUUCACCUAUUCAAAGUCAUUGUUUAACAGACGUUUUGAAUGUUUUAAAUUGGAGAAUAGAGUAGACGAAGACUAUUUUGAUUUGGCAGGCAGACUGAAUGAUAUGUACCAACAGGCUGAUCUGGAGCAAGCAACAACAAACCGGGUUAAGGCCCUGUUGUUCAUAAAAUCACUUACUCUACCGGAGGACGCGGACAUACGCACGCGGCUGCUGUCCAAACUGUACCAGGAUGGUGAGACGACUGUACAGAAGUUAGCAGAUGAAUGUUUUAGACUCAGGAACAUUAAACAGGAUACAAGGUUAAUUGCCGAAACAAACAUUCAACAGCUACAGGUGUUGGACAUUAGGAAAAACUGGCCGCCACAAAGAGAAACAUUUCCCAGAAGACCAAAGACUGCCUGCUGGCAGUGCGGUGGAUGGCACUAUGUCGUCGACUGCCCCUAUAAAAAGCAGAAGUGUUUCAAAUGUUCGAGAUUUGGCCACAAAUCGACAUACUGCAGAGCAGGACGACAAAGUCCCAGGAAACAGUGCAACGCCGUUUCUGAUGGUGAGGCACGGGUGCUAGGCUGUGAACACCGAAAAUAUCUAACUAUGAUCAUAAAUGAGAAAGCUGUCAGGCUUCAAGUGGAUACAGCGUCUGAUCUAACGAUUACAGCGGUAGAAACAUGGCUGAUGAUAGGAGCACCCAGUCUUAUCCCAACUCCUGUCACUGCAAGGGCAUCAAACGGCACAGAAAUGAAAUUCAAGGGAAGAUUUUCAACUAGUAUCGGAUUUGGGGAUAAAAAUUGUCUAGCAGACGUCUUCGUAUCGGAGUGUCCGAUCGACCUCCUGGGUAAAUAAGGCAAUCUCCUAGUUGGGGUUAUGGAGUCAGCCAUUUGACAGAAUCUGCUGCGCAGUACAAGAAACGGAACAAAAUCUGCGGGAGAAGCAUGCAAAAAUGAUGGAAAAGUCAGUCGGGAAAUGUACCAAAACGAAAGCAUUUUUACGCAUUAAACUAAACAAGAAACCAGUUUUCAGGCAAUGUCGUCGAGUUCUGUUUGCAAUCUAGGAAGACGUGGAGAAAGAGUUGGAACGUUUACAAGAGAAGGGCAUCAUCUACCCCACCAAUUACUCCGCAUGGGCUGCGCCAAUUGUAGCGGUUAGGAAGCCAAAUGGCAACUUGAGACUGUGUGCUGACUAUUCGACGGGAUUAAACGAUGUUUUGGAGGAUUACCACCAUCCUCUACCGACGGUGGAGGAAAUUUUUGCCAAGUGAAAUGGUGGAAAGUAAUUUGCACGAACUGAUCUUUCAGAAGCCUAUUUACAGACUAGCCAGCCCCGGCCACGCGUUGCUGUGGCUCAGGUGAAUUCACAAUCUUUGUUGGAUAAUUCGAUGUGGAUGGGACGUGUUGCACACAACACUAAUGCAUACAUCCCAGUAUCGGUAACUUUCCAAUAAAUUGAUAGCCUGGCAUGCACAACGUAAAGUGACAUGCGUAAUGCCGUUGACAGACUUCAAUUGCUGGAAAGACGUUGAACCAGACACAUUCACCAACACCGUGCGGAGUAAGAAACAUUCGUCCCUAUUGGGAUGCACGUUGUGCACUCUGCCUAUCGCAGUUCCGUUGAAGAUGCCCAGGUGUGCGUCGACUCGCUCUCGUUUGCGUCAUACAAAAGAUAUUCUACACACAGUCCCUGUGUAAUACGUAGGCACUUCCGAAUACGGCAGUGUUUUCGCAAACGCGUCAGUUUGGCUUAACGGGAAGAACUCAGUUAAUGUGUGUUGCCGGUGGCCUGUUGCACAUGUGCAUCGGUAUAGUAAACGCAUUGCCCAUUCACUAAGUGUACUGCAAGUAAGCAACACCUGGACUUGCUCAUGGAUUGUAAAAGAAAGAAUCCGCCACACGGCUCUGUUUCUGUUGACGCAUAUUCCAGCCCCAUACUGUGCGAUUUCAUCAAGUUGUAUGUCAACAUCCCUUCCCCUCCUUUCGUGUUGCAGGCCAAACCAGCCAUGUCACUGCCUUUGCUCGCGUACUUACAAAUACACCAAAUUCAUUUCUCGGAAUUGCAGUUUUACACGUUCAUGUGAACUUAGCUUGCUUUUAAAAGCACAGUCGAAUACGAAACAACCCAGCGUUUACCGACUGGUACGUCACUGGUUUGCAUUCGUACGGUUGUCAAUUUGCCGAUGUCUUCCGCAGAUCAUUUUCGGUAUAAGGGACUUUCGUCUAUCAUGCCGGGGGAGGGGAGGGGGUUGGAGAAUUGGGAUUCAGUGCAUCCGAGGUCCAUGUAUCAUAUUCUUCGCCACAACUUCAUGCAAAUCAUUGUCGACGUCGGCGCCAGGUAAUUCAGCGUAUAUUGCAUCGUAUAUUUCGUUGGAAGCGAUCUUGUUAUAGAGCCAGAUCCAGACAUGUUCGUGGGGCAGUGCCCUCUUUUCCUAUUCCACCUAAUACAUCCAGCAGCGCACAGACCCAACCACCUCGUGUUUCACCAUGAAUUUCAUCAGCAGUUGCAGUGUCUUCCUGAAAACACGUGCUGUGAUGUCAUACCUAUUUACCGUCGAUAGCCCAGGAGGUAAGAGCUAUUGAAUAUCCCCCCAAGUUGAAUUGCAUGUGAAUGUUAUGAGUAGGUCUGGACGCCCCUUUCUGACAAACAUAAGCAAUUGCACCUCCAGCGUACCCUGCCAUAUGGCGCGGACUCUCUGUAUAUGUGGACGACAAAAGCGUUAGUCUUACAACGUUAUCUGUAUUACCGUCGUCUACAACUGUAUCAUGAAGAUGAAUACAUUUUUCAGAGCUCAGCUUGGUCUGCAUCAAACGAAUGAAAAGCAAGCGUUCAGUUUCGAUUUUUGCAUACAUAUCCACAAUGCAGUGAUGAAGCAACUGACGGCAUUUCAAAAGAGGAUUGCUUACACUCUGUCGUGUAGGAGUAGUGGUUCAUUGUGCUGCCUUUCAUGUGCGUUACCUCGUCACUGACCGCAUUUAUCAUCUGAACGUUGAAGUGAUAUCCGUCGGCACCAUCCCUAUAAGUAAAUGGAUGUUGCGUUGGAAUUGGUCUCCGACUGCCGGUAUCACCUUGCCCUAAAAUCAUUAGUCUUCCAACGGUUGUUGUCGUACCGUCGUUUACAACAGCAUCAGGCUGCGUGAAUGCUGAGCACGGAGUCGUGUUUGACGCUGGUCUGCUGUUCCUCGCUGGCGCCAUUCGGCCACUUCCAGCUGGCUGUGGUCAUGAUGUUGUGAACGAAGCAGACCUGAAGCUGCAGAACGCGGCAGCCGUGACCGCAACCGGGCCUCCUCAAGCCGAGCUGCACAGUACUGAACUGAGAUUGGGCGAGAGCCCCAUUAUGUGGGUUGUGCGGGGGGGGGGCAGGCAGGCGCUGGUGUUAGCUGCAUCCAGUCCUCACCCCCCGAGAAUCCCCGAGGCAGCGGCGACAGCCCAAUUAGGUGGGUAGUGUGGGGCAAGUUCAAGUGGCGUCCAAGUGUUGCGUUUUUUUUGCUGCAGGGUGGGUGGUUUGCUCUGGCGGCCCAUAUUGCAUCGGCCCAGAGAGGGUGGAGGGCCUGUUCAAGUGCCUGCAGGGGUGGGUGGUGGGGUGAGCUCGACUGUCGGGACGGAGCACGUGCGCUUGAGCGAAUGUCGGUCAAGCGGCCACAGUCUGGCGCACAUGUGUCCGCGCGCGAUGUAGGUCAAGUGGCCGCAGCAGGUGACGUUGUUAUGCCGGAAAAAAUCCGGUUUUUUACCCAUCACAGGCGUACCAUCGGCAUAAUUACGAAAUUGAAGAGACAAAAACCCGGCCCUAUGCGUGGGUCGGGUUGUGUGCAAAUUUUAGCGCAAUCGGUGCAGUACUUUCGGAGAUCAUAUAUAACACAGAAAAAAACCCUUCCAUUUUUAUAUAUAUAGAUUGUUCAAACAUUUAGGAGGUGUACCGAGUGCAUCUCUUCGCAUGAAUGCCUGUAUUAUGCGAAUAUAGAAUAACUUGACCUACUCUCUACGAUAGAAGAGAAAGGAAGAACAAAUUCAUAUAUUGGGGCAGAUUUUAACAUGAUAAAGAAUGAAUUGAUGUUCAUGUAUUGGGAAAUUUUGCUGAAGAGGAAUCCAGAGGACGACUGGAGAUCGUACAGGACGACUUCGCUGAACCCGACUCGUUACUGAUGUACAGUACAGAGACCUCGUUGGACAUUUAAAGAAGAAAAAUAAAAAAAUGGAAGUAUUCAGGAAAACGGGGUCGCCAGAAUAACUUGAGGAAUUGUGUUGCAAAAGAAAUUCGGCUGAAAAAUUGAUUCGUCAGGCAAGGAAGAGCGAUGAAUUCAGAAUUGCCUAGUAGACUGAAUAAAGGCUCAAGAUCGUACUCCAUUAUAUUAACAGUAGGCUGAAAAAUAAGGGUCCGGUCGCAGUACUUAAGCAUGCUAAUGAUAUGGAAGCCGUUGAAAACGGCGAAAAAGCCGAACAUAUGCGUCGGUUUUGUGCAUUAAUAAUUGCUAGGAAAGUGAGAUUCGGGGUAGCAGUUCCAAAAAUACUGUUAUAACUGUCGGUCCCGUGCCCGAAUCUAUACUCUUUCAAGCAUUUUUUGCGGAGGGAGUAUUACAAACUCACAAUUAAACAAAGUCUUUGGAUCCGAACGAUAUAUCAGCUGAGUUCUUGAGGAAAUUGCCCAAUGAUUUUACCAGACCACUAACGUAUACCCUCUACUCGUCAUUGAAUUAGGAAAACUGUUACGCGAAUGGCAAACAGCGGGUAUCUACCAAUAAAUUAGACUGGGACGCGAAGUAACGUCAACACUUACCGAUCCAUUAGUCUGAACUGUAAAGAAUGUAGAAUAUAGGGGACCUUAAUUAAGAAGGUGUCAGUGGGGUUCCUGAAGAAGAACCACUUAUUCUCAGGACUCUAGUUCUUUUAUAUCUGACGUCCGUGGAUAAAGAAAGCGUUGGGAGUGCUAACACUCCCAAAAACAAGAGCCAACCAAUCACUUUAGUGCCGUCAUCUUAAUCAAGGCGCCUCUGCAUUGGCUACUCCCCUCUUUCCGAAGGACAUUGGGCUGAGCGUCGGCGAAUCACAGUAGGGUGUAAUAAAUAUGCGUCACGUUUCAGCUAGUCGUGACUUGUAGUGUUUUUCUAAUACACUUCCCGUGGUCGGCCGUAUUUUCUUUGUCUGCCGCUUUGGUAUUGGAGACAAGGUUUGAGUGCGUAUUCGCUCCGCGGGAUUUCAAGUACCAGGCAAGUCAUAACAGAAAGAUUGUCAACAUCAGAAAUUAAUCUAGGCGAGUACUACGAAAUAGGAAAGGAGCUUGUCCACAUGUCUUGUGAAACCAGAUUAACUUAAUUUAAUUUGUUCCGUCUCAUUUGCAGGUAGCUGUGCAGUGACUCUUUCGAACGUAGCAGAUUUUUGGAAGCCGUAGUUUUACCCUAAACUUCGAUAUCUUCUUCCGAAUAACUGGGAUGGACCGUUUGCUUGGUUGUCCCACUAAGCUGAAGAGAUUGGUCCAUCCGGAUGUCAGACGGAACAUCUUCUCGCAGCGUACCACUGGAACACAAAACGGUCUACCUGACAUUCUGGUUCUUUACGAAGCUGUUGAAACACUUAAAUGCAAAGUAGAUAAUUGCUUGUCGAGAUAUUACUCUAUGUAGGAGUACAUUUGAUUCAGUGGCGGUCGUUUGCGUCUGUCUCGCACAUGCGGAUAACUUCAAAAUUUCCAUAAUAACUACCGUGAAACUGGAUCUUUUGCUAUUUUUGGGCAUGAAUAGGGGGCUCAGCAGCGAAGGCCUCAGUCCCCUAAUAAAGUGACUUGAGCUACCUUAAACUUCGCAGUCCUACGACCUUCAAAAGCCCGGGCACUACAACUGUUGGAUGUAUGACCUUGACCUCGAGGAUUGUUUAAUCCAGGCAGUCGUGAAACGAAAGGCACCCUGUAGGAAUGAAGUUUGCGGAACACCUUUUAACCCACCUCACACCAGAAUGGCAAAAACAGUACAUUAACUAUCAGGUUAGUUUUGUGAACCAUCUACAACUUUAGGUUCUGAAAGAUAUAUUGUACACGGCACUUGAAGAUUUUGAAACUCUUCCAAGUAUGCUUCUUUGUAUCGUAGUUUAUGUCAUUUCUUUUCAAGUCGUUAAUGCUACUACUGUCCACGCCCAUUUCAAUGAAUGCGACAAUGAGUUCUUCGCUAUAUGUGACGUUCAGUUGGAUAAAAUAAAUAAUUUCUUCGAAGGUAAUCUCGCAUCAGUGCGGUCGACAAUAUUAAUCUAUCUUCUAGAAAAAUUAACUGAAGCCAAAAGGAAGUUUGUGACCUUAAAACAGGAGCUUGAGAGGUGCUUUAACAGCCGUAGAGGGCGCGGGCUAGUGCUGAAAUUUAAGUCAUCUUCAAAUCACCAACAAUCGAAAAGUGUCGACAACACUAAGCGCUCGCGUCCCUCAUUAUCUUUUGAAUUUGGAAGCCGGGCAACAAAGAGCCAGAUUGGUUUGCGAAAUGGGAAGAUCAACGACAUGGAAGGUCUGCUUCGCAGGAGGAAUACGGUGCUUCAGAGAACAUCGGAUAAGUCAAUAGGCAAUCUGCUCGGCAAGGAACCGCCCUCGCCGAUACCUAGUCUUCACAAUUUAAAGCUCGCCUACAGUGAAUACUAUUUAAGUUUGGUUCUUCUUCAGAAAUACCAGACACUAAAUGGCACAGGAUUUCGGAAAAUUCUGAAAAAACACGAUAAGGUAAGCUUGACACACUCGAAUAUUAUCAUUUACCUUGGUGUAUUUGUUUGAAAUCAGGCACAAUCGAAUGAUAAACGUUUGCAAAUUUAGCAACCGAUUUUGUCGUAACUUCCACACUUUUCGAAGAUUUUAGGAAACAUUUGCCUUGAUAUUCCCCAACAGUGCUCUUUGACAUUUUUCUAUCAUGAUUCUCACGGAGAUUCGUUGACAGACCCAAGGAUUUAACUGGUCGUCUGAGGUUUCGAUCAUUUUCAGGCGGAAAUUCUGACAAUGUGGAUAAAAUCUGAGGUUGAGAACCAUGACAAUUUACAACUUGUGCCAUAUAUUACAAAUUACUACCUUCAUGAUUCGUUUACACUAUUUGACGUUGGUUUACAUUGUCACAUUAUCUUCUGAAUUUAUUUGACCUCAAAAAAUUAAGCCUACUACUGUUUGUCGAACCCAUAUGGUUUUAAUUGUAAUUCUACGUAUAACCCUGAGUAGCCCUUACCACAUACUGACGAGGACCUACCCAUAGGUAUUAUAGGAUGGGCUUGGUUCGAAUCCUCAGCUAACUUGUCUUCAGGGUGCGUUAUUUUUAUUACAGCGACCGAUCUUUCACAAUUGCCUUCUGUCGUUUAUGUUUUUGUCCGUACUUUUAGAUGGCGCGUGCAAAAUGGUCAGCAGAGGUUGAGUUCCGCGUUAACUUAUAAACACAGUUCGUAGUACUGUCGUACAUUUCACUUCCUUCAAUCUUCAAAUGGAAAUUAAAAAUGCAGAUCUAUGAAUAGAGUACAUUGCAAAAAAGCACAUCUUAGUCUAAGAAGGCGGGCAAUUAGGAAAUUUUUGUCAUCUCGUACUGAAUUCCUCUAACAUCGGAAUCCAUCGGCAAACAUUGCUGGAAUUGGAAGAAAACGCUUACGCCACGCACCUUUACAGUGUGAUACGUCCAUGGUGAUGCUUUAUGUCAUACGGCAAUAAACACUAAGUUUUCUAUAGGCACGUUGUCUAUUCCGAAUGGCAUUCAAGGCAUUUCGGGUGGUCUUCCGACAACUUCUUAAUGUUCGGGAUUAUGAUUGCUAAACGCUUCCUUCACUUAAGUAGAAGUACUUUGCACUAUGUACAUUCCAGUCAGGUAGAGCUUCGAUUUCAAAAAUGUGGCCGCAAAGACGAUUGCACUUGACGGUGAUGAUGAGGGGUAGAAUUGCGUAGAUCCGUGGCUGACUGAAAUAUCGCUCCCAUGGUCAUCCUCUCGUUACUGAUUGGAAAGCUGCACAGCUGAAAUGGUGAGGUGGAGGCCUUAGAUACCCAUGGCUUCUUCAAGGAGCGCCAUGCUACCGGACUAUUUGUCUCUCAGCGUUUUUGAAGUUUCAGCGUAACUUGAAAGCCGGAUGGUACUUGCGGACGAUAAUCUUGCGCAAGAAGCAAAUGUUGGAUUUUUUAACGGGGUUUUCAAAACCAGUAGAGAAUCCGCUAACGUUGGUGUCCAAAAGAAAAUACAGACUGUUGAUUUCAAUAUCGAAGAGGGCGAGGCCAAGUACGGAAAUCAAACAUUCCUUACAAAGAAGGAAGGCCUCUGGGCAUUUUUUCGUCUAUAAACAAUUUUGCACUGUUUUAGUUAUAGAAGGGAGAGCGACGUUUGCGAAGCCUUAGAGAUUACGACUGUAGACCGACCGGACGUCAUUCUGGGAUCAUGGACUUUGUCAAUCUCGUACCUGUUGCUCUUUUCUGGGCAUAUAUCGUUUUCGAAUGUGGCAUGUCGCAAUUACGUGAUUUGGCUUUUCAGUAAUCACCAUUUUAGGAUUGAUUGCAAACGAGGAAAAAUCUCUUUUAGAUAAUGAAUUAAUUUACAAUCGAGAUGAUGUUGUGAGGGCAUACAAGGCAGGCCACUGAGAAUGGUAUCGAAAAACCAGUUGUAUCACUCGCUGACAGGUGGCCUUAAUGCCAACGAGAUUAGUGGAGUAGACAAACGUAGUCUUGCGACGGACCUCAAAACAAAUCUCUAUUUGCUUAUAGCUAUGGUGAUGACCCAGGGUCUGACACGAGUGAAUGGGCUGAUUUUUAGUCCGAAUGACUUACUGGCCGAUAUCUGCGUCCUUCUUAUCCACCUUGUUCUCUGUAGCUUUUUGAUGGGACCGCAGUCCUGAAAUCAGCGCUCCUUCAGGCGGGAAAUCAUUGUCCUCGCAAUCCGCCUGUUUCGAGUGUGCGCGAAAGGCUUUAAAUUGGCACUGCCUCCUAUAUGUGCACAUGUACACAAGUAAUGCACAGAAAAUUGUGCAGACCACAUAGACCGGCUUCAUCGAACAGUACUAAAGAGAAGUGUUUGAUCAACGCUUUAACGUAUAGUGCUUUCGAUUAGGAGCACCUUCUACAUCAAACCAUAAAUAUGACUUAAUUUGAAAAAAAUAUUUUUAAAACUAUCUAGGAUCCCAAAAGGUGAAACCAGCACUAAAUACCGUAAACGAUGCCUGCAGGUGUAUGGUUCUUAGAGACUUCGGACAAAAUGGAAUAGUUGCGCAUAGUGACUGCCAGAGGAUCAAGUGCUUUCAUUCGCCAGCCAAGUCAACCUCGAAAUUGGUGAAAUUCGGACGCCCUCCACUGGGCUGAGGUCACCAGGGCGACAGUAUCCACACGGGAAUUCCUGUCCACUCUGCCUCCUGUAGACCAACAUUUCGACCUCUCUCCGACUUGGCUGUUAUUCUCGAUCGGCUCUAAAAUUACUUAUUAUUCCGUCUUUUUCAUGGCACUCUUGCUGUCUGUCAAAAUCAGCUGCCUAAACGUUUGCCUAAAUCACGGAUCGGCAAAUGGUUUGAGUUUUUCUUGGUUGAACCGAAGGAAAUGCGAUAGCUAGAACCCUUAUUUUAUUGAUCUGACCUUUCGGAUUCGCGUUCGAGAAUACUGUUGCAUUAUCAGUUUAUAUCUGCCAUACGUCCUAAUUGGUGUCAGAAGCACUGACACCUAUCUUGGAGUUGUCAGUUAAAAACACCCACCUUAACUGAUUGCGCGUCUGAUGGUGGAUUCGAGCGUGAACAGGAAACUUCAAGCAUAUAAAUUCCUCGCCUUCAUAACUCUUUCCUGCAAGCUGCCUUUUCAGUUUUAUCCCUAAUUGUUCGAUUCGUCCGCUCUUCGUAACACCGCUUUCUAGCCAACUGCAAGCAGAGCACAGGACAAACUCAAUCGUUUUCCUGUGAGAACCGAAACGGAUCAAAUAUGCGAAGUUGCGACCCCCAUAUCGUUUGAAGGGGAGCGGGUAACGAUGUAAUUGGUCUAAGGUUCAGACUUUGCCGCACUUCUGUUCUUCAAAAUACCCUUACGAAAACUCUGCCUUCAGGAAUAUCUAUCACUUUGGGAGUUUAAAUUAUGGACCACCGUUCCAUCUUCAGCUGAUGUGUCAUCUCUUCGUCCAAGGCCAUUGCCUUCGGGGAAAAAGUAUAUUGAUUAUUCACGAUUGAUUGCACGUUUGCGCGGAUGACAGAUGCUGUCCCUGAGCAGUAUGCUUACGAUGUAACUAAAUGCACGCGCCUCGGCUGGAAAUACCACUGCCAUAACCUUUCCAUUGCUCGCAAGGACAACCGUCUAAAACUCCUUUGUGUUUUCUUGCAUGCAGCUCUUCCAACGAGUUAAUGGACUUCAAUGGUACAAUCAGGUGGUGUUAGCGGCCCCCUUUUACGUGGACAAAACAGUUGAUGACCUCAUCGCGGCUAUAGAGGUAAGCUUUCAGUAGUCGUACUCACACUGAAGGUGUCCUUUAGGCGACGGAGCCGAUGACCAGCUUCCACUUAUUCUUUUGAAUGCACGAUUAAGCACGGAAGUAUGGGCUCCCGGGUAUUACGGGUAGUCUCGCCCUAAAUUCCAGGUUUAAGGUUGGUGCAUGAACCAGAAGGGUUAGGAUUAAAGUUAGGACACAGGAUGAGGUUUGAGGUGAAAUCUAGGGCGAAGACACAUGCAGUACAGGGGGUCCAUAUUCUCGUGUUCUUAAUCCAUGAAAUCGCCUCUUUUUCUUCUUCUUUCGGGGAUGAUGGCGAGCUCUGGGGAUGAUGAUUUAUUCAUCUGACGUUUCACACUCAUACUGGAGCGCAUCAUCGGAGAAAGGAAAUCUGAGAAACUGCACGAUUUGAAUAUAUGCAUAUGUCGUAGAUCAGAGGUGGUAUGCAUUCCGAGCCGAUAUAAUGAAAAAAGGAAGAUUUUCUUCGGAAAAAUCGGGUUGUACUCGAGUACAACUCGAUUUUCCCGAAGAACCUCUUGCAUUUUUCAUAUAUACAUAAUUAUCGAUGUAGCUUAGGAUGGCAAAUAAAAUCAGUUCUGUAAAGACAGAAGACAGUGAAAAUACUGGGGGAUGCAACUGUCGGUAAUAUAAACUUAGGCAGUAAAUAGUUUGUCACUCCUGAUAGAUAUAAUUGCAAAUUCAAACAAUUAUGUUAUGCUGCCUUCGCAUUCAGCGCCCCUUUUAGUGGUUCCUCCUUUAGGAGACUGCCAUAGCUCUUGAGCAAACUUUAAUAAACACAUAAUUCUGAUUCUCCAGAACAACCAAUCCCAAGCCUACAUUGUCCAACAAACUGCUCGGAUAAAAGGACGACGUGUGAGGCCCAGGUGGGGCACAGCAGUAUGGAGCUCCCCCCCUGGUAUUACGUGUGGCCUUAUCCUAAAUUCCAGGGAUGACUAGGUUUAAGGUUCAUGUUUGGGCCAGGAGGGGGCCACCUGUGAUUCUGGGGGGUUCACAUUCUCGUGUUCGGUCGGAUGCAGUCUAAAGAUAAUGUCACAUAUAGUUGGUGGAAAGGGGUCAGGUUCGAGACCACUGCAAUCGCUGGUAAAUUUCCGUGUCGAUCUCAUUUUUGGCUGUAUCCGCACACCAUCGAUGGAAGCACGCAACCUGUCAAGGUGGCCUCUAAACGGCACCAGCACCAGUAGACGCAUGCUUGUCUCAUAGGGUCACCGACAAAAUUUUCUGGCUUAAUCGGAUUUACAGCUUAUGAUUCAGUUCAGUAGGAUUCCGUGGGUGAAACCGUAGGAUAAGUGUGGACCGAGUCAGGUUGACCUGUUGCGUCUUCUCGUAAAAGGCGGUUACUAUGUACACCCGGAUAGAAGAAAUAAGUUAACGGUAAGGGGGAGGUGGAUUCCACGUCACAUGGGUUUUGUUUGCUUGAAUUUGGCCGCAUUUCCGCAGCAAAAAGUGGAAACAACUUCGCGGGUUGCAAGAAUUAGCACCUGUUCCAGGUCCCAGAAUGCGGAUUUGAUAUAUACUUCUCCAAUUUAAAUUGGAGAAUUUAAGGAAGGCUGCCCUUAUCCACCAAUCAGAUAAACUGUCCUGUUUCUGUCCUCUGUACUCCCUGGAAUUCGAGCAGAAUUUCCGAAAGCACCAUCCCGUUUCCCCAUCAAGGACUGGCUAUCUACAGUCACUAGCAAAAUAUGCGUAACUUUACGGAACAUCUGUAAUCAUUAGGAAACUAGUCCAAUUGGACUGAAAAAAACUCCCAAAUUAUAAGGGAUGGCCUUCAGUUGAAUUAAAAUAAGAAAGAAGUAUUGGAAGUACUAUUACGCUAGUCAGAAAUAACAAUUUUCUUAAGAAAAUCGGUGGUGUUGAAAUCUCAAAUGGCAAAAUGGCGAGGCCGAAGUCAGUUACAAACCUAACGCCAAUUAUGUUCAUGCCCAUGAUGAUAAAUUUCUGACCCAUAGGCAUUUAAGGAAAACUCGGACGUAACCGUCAUUUUGACCCUAAAUCCAAAUCAUAGCCUGGGAAUAACCCAAUUAACGCCAAUUCUAGUCGUUGCCAAAACCCUGACCGUGAGACAGAAACGGGCACAUUUAGUGUUACUAACGGGCUAUUUGAGGUCAAAAUCCUCCUGCCGCAUAAUCCCCUUCGUGACCUACCGCCAGGUAGGCCAUUGUGAAAAACACCCAACUGAGUAAGAAGGUAGGCUUUUGGCCAACCACCCAGGGAGGAGGUUACAUACCUUGACCUUACCUCUCAAAAAUCUGUGUCAGAUCAAGGAACGCAAUUCGUGGAGGCACGUAGAGCCUGUCCAUUCAAAGGACCGAGUGAAUAAAGCAGCAUAAGUACAGCGAUGUUUAAACAAGUCGCAUUAUGUAGUUUGCAGUCAAAUAUCUUCCAGGAAUUAGUGUUCAAUUCGAUAUGGAACUUAGGCAACUGCCUGAUGUUAUGUUUUCCUAAGAGGGCUCAAGCAAAACACGAUGUGCCAUUUUCCUGUUUCCAUUCCCCAAGAUGUGGUUUACAUAAGUCAAAGAGAAUUUUGCUUGAUUUCGCAAACAGGAACGUCGCAGGAGCCAAAGUCUUUGUGGGGUCACACGGUAAGGGUUCGGUCAACUACCAAGAAAUUAGAACAGAAUUAGCAGGUGCAAUAGUAAGCACACUACAGUAGAUGUGCUAACUCGGAAAAUUUUAACCGAAAUUCUGAAAUACGUUUUCGAAUCGAAGAGUGUGCUUAAGUUGGGUUGUAAUAUUAAUUUUCGGGCAUCUUGAUCCCAAGAUAAUUCAGUCACUUGGGGAUGGCCACUUUUGAACGAAGUUCUGUCCGGCGGCCUGAAAGUCAACCCUCCGUGAGAAAUGACUACUUAAGCAGUAUGAUUUUUUUCUCCCUGAAUUUCGAUAUCCCUAUAAAUCCAAAAGUAUUUCAUAGAAAACAUGCAUUAAAAUAUCCAUUGUUUUACGCACUUGGAAGAGAAUUACGGUUGCUUUAAAUUUUAUGCUUGAAGACAUGAUGUAAUUCGGUUUUAACAAACUUUCCCAAUUCCCGAAUAAUUUUGAACCCGACAUGCAUUUAGGGUUUCCAAACUACAAGCUGUCUAAUUUCUGUGUACGGAAAAUCAUACAUUUCUACGCGCUAUUAAGAGGAGACCAUGUGGAUUUCAUAAAAUCUAGCAUUGGAUAUAAUCCAUAUUGCAAACUUUACAAGCAACAUUAACGAAUGCAGAGACAUUAUGUUUUAUGAACGGGUGUUUCACGGUCUUUAAGGAUCUCAUAAUUAGAAACUAUUUAAAAACCGAAUUACACCCCCUCUUCGAGUAGAAAAUUUAAACCAGACGUAAUUUUCUACCAAACUAUUAAAAGAAUGAGUAAUUGUAUACGCGUUUCCUAUGAAAUAUAUUUGAAUUUAUAAAGAAAUCGGAAGUUGGUGAGAAAACGUCAUACUACUUAAGCAUUCAUUUUUAACUAUGUGUAAUUCUCUGGGACGACCUGAAAUAAAUCCAUCCAAAAGCCGCAUCCAAAAUUAACUGAAUUAUCUUGGGAUUAUGUUGCACGAUUAUUAGUAUUACAACACCACUUAAGUAAUCUUUUUGUGCCGAAAACGCAUUUCAUGUUUUUUUGGCAUAUUUUAUAUACUUCAUGUAUACAUAUACUUUAUAUAUAUGCUUCGAUAUAUUUUCAUUUAGUAAAGUUAUUUUGCAGUUUUUGGCGACGGUGUCACUUGAGUUUCAGGUUGUCCUUGAAUACACUAUGGCUUCCUGUAUUCUCAAUCGACUGUCAGAAAAGAUAUAUUCAGUAGUUUGUGGCUAUUACAAAUCUAUCAGUCUUGAAAGCAUUUACAGAAGUAGUGCGUUCGCGUGCGUUAUUUCCUAUGCAGUUAACGGUUUGGGUCUUAUCUAUAGACACAACCAAACACGAAACCUAGCUGUCGGAGAAAAUGGACGUUCACUGCGAAGGCUGCUGGUGAAUAUUCCCAUGACAAGUUGAAGAACCCAUAAUGAGUCACCUCUUUAAUUAAUUCUUUACUAGGACAUUUUACAGACGAUUCUUCACGUACCCCAUUUUUUUUCUCAAGCCGAUUUCAAGGGCAAAUAGAAACGUUAGUCCUGCUUGUUUACUUAUCUAAAACACGAUGAUUUUUUUUUCGAUUAUGGACACAAAACACAUCUCCCUUGGUAUUUGAGUCAAUUUUGCCGUCGUUGCUCACUUUAGGCCCCAUUGUAUGCUUAUGAAUACCCCACAGAGUAGCCAUAUCAAUACUAGUAUAAUACUCAAACUGCUAAUGCUCUUCCCAUCGCUUUGCUGAAUUACGUAUUAGCAGCAACUAAAUUGCACAAAAGCCCUCCUAAAUCCCUUCAUGCGAAUUCGUGAAUAAAACGCUUAAAAGGGCUUUUCUACACUGUUUGUAUCAAACUAUCCUCUAAGAAUUAGUGUACUAUUAACCAUGGUGGUUGAUAAUGUGUCCUAAAAUAAGGUUACGGGAAUCGAUACGACUUUUCGCCCUUGAAUCGGCUGAAACGCGGUUGAAUGGGAGAACGAGCAGUUCGCUUGAUUUUGCAGAUGGGGGCGUCAAGGGAAUAUAAGUUUUCAUAAGGUCACGGGCGAAAGGGCCGGCCAGCGCCCGCAAUAAAAGCGCACUACUGUGUAUGCAUGGUCUGAAACAGUUACUAACCUAUGUGGUUGCCUAAACGCUAGGCAAUAAUUAUCUCCGUCCAGGUUUUUAAACUUAGGUAAGAUUACUUCAAAAACAUGUACUGCUUGAGGGAAAAGAGUUUUUGAGGGCGCUAGACUAAUGAAGGAAAUGCACAAUAUUAUUGUCUCUUUCAACAGAUUUCGGCCAUCACGUUUAUUGAAUUGCGUUACCUACUGUCUUGCUGGCAGCCUUCUGUUAAUUUUGGACUCCGGCAUUCUUCCAUACUGUUCUCGCCUUGGACAACGAAAUCAGUAGUAUGCAAGGCACCCAUACGGAUAUUGCAUUACGCCUCACCGACAGUCGGGAUAAGCAUAUACGCUUCCACUGUCUCUACCCGAGGGAGAAUAUUUUGGUCGCCUAAACUGUAUCACCUUGUCCAGUUCGCAGGUGUGCAAUAUCGAAUUUGGCAUACGCAAUCGUCAAUGGUGCCGACCCUACUUGUGCAUGGCAGUGAAUAUCUGGGUUUGAAACGGCUGUCUUCAACCAAUACUGCCUCCUGAGUGGGAAUUCUCGUUGCUCGGUGCUUACGGCGAGGGGGACUUAACUUUUUCCGAAGAAUGCUACUGAGGGACCACUUGGUAGCUGCUCUGGAGUUUGUAUUCCAUCACGGAGUAGACGCUAUUUUACCGGACAGUUUGUCUUCAUUUCCAGAACGAACAAGAAGGCUCGCUAGGGGGAAGUAGUUCAGGAAACGGGCACUCGUGCGUUGGAGUGCGAAUUGUAUUUGUAUGCCGUUUGCUGAUUCGCACUCGAGCCCUUCGUCAGGGAGCAGUAACAGAUCAAGGUGGCAAGCACACAAAGGAUGCAGUCUCUGCGCAAGCACACACCUGCUAAAUUUAGCAACUUUCGCAUUCCUCGCAGAUGCUCCUACCUGGCGCGAUGCCUACUCGACCCCCCUCCCCUGGGUCGUUAAUGGUCGCGAUUUCACCCCCGGUGUUGGCGAUAGGCCAUACAGUUACUCAGUAACUGGAAACUGUGUUCACAUACAUGCCCCCCGCGUGACUACUUACUCCGCCGUUUAAUAGAGAGUCAUGGAGAGCAGUGCGCUUGUGGAUGGACUGAAAAUCCCCUCCUACUGCAAGUGCCUUGAUUUUACCAUCGUGCUAUCGCCCCUAGCUCUGUCACAUCUAUGGAUGUUUUCUCCAUUCCUUCCUAGUUUUCCAAACCCCGAUGGACGCAGUUUCUUGAAACCGUAGCUUUUGAUGAGAAGUAGGGGCGGUCGCUGGAACAAGAGCUUUAUUCGCCUGGCGCCUCAGAUUCUCGCUCGAACCCAUCGUCAGAGGCAGUGGCAGAUACGGGUGACUCGUGCACAGGAAUUCGCGGUAUUUGUGGGAUGCGGUCGCCAUGCUACUACGUACCUAUGGCAAUUAACCGCUUCAUCAAGAAAUGUUGUCCGCUGGUGCGCUAAUUGCUUGAUGGCCGGCGUGCAAGUUGUUAAUUGCUGAAAUCUCAUCACCCGUCUUGGAUGCUGGCGUGAUGAUUGCUCGGCCAUCUGGCUCACCGGCCUGCGCGCUUCCUGAGUGGUUAAUCACGUUGGCCAGACUAUGCCUCAGCAUGGAAUAUGGAAUGCGGAUGUCGUUGCACUUGUUGAUAAACUGAGGUCCCGUGAAGCAUGACUCAAGCAACUCGUGGCUCACGCGAUUAUUCCCUCCACGGGAACUUCGGCCACAACGAACUUGAACGUGUGGCCGGGUCUCGUCGAAUGGGCCGCGACCUGGGAAUUGGCGCAAUUCCUCCGCACCGCUGCCGCCUGUUCGGCGAUUCACGUCCGGAGCAGUCUUCCGGUGUUUGGUGUUUCUAAAGUAUUUAGUCUUUGUUUCUCUCGCUCUCGGAUACAGUUGUCCUUAUGUGUCCCGCAAGUCAGAGGAACUUGUGGUCGGAAAGGUAAACCAGCCAUCGCGUUUACGCGCAAGAAGUCAUUGAAGCCGUUUUGCUUGUAAAAUACAGCGCACCUAUUACACCGGUGGAAAGUAAAUCGGAUGUGAUGAGUUGAUCGGCCACGUCAUCCCCAUCUCUCUCACUCUCUCUCCUUCUAUUGUACCACGUCCAGCCUCUGAGGGCUUCGCGAGUGAGAGCGGUAGAAUUGCCGACUGCCUCAGUCCUCCCGGAACCCGACGGGAUCCUGCCAGUUAGUUGUCAGCCGUCAAGGAACUCAGAAGACGAAGAUGCGAUUAGUGGAGCAAGAAAUUUAUUAGCUAGACGUUUUGGAUUCUCACUCGAACCCAUCAUCAGAGACAGUCGCAGAUAAAGGUAAUGAUGGCACAAGGCGUGCACUAUUUAUACGACGCGGCUGCCGUGGGACCAUAUGCGCACUGUAAUUAACAGCUCUCGCGUAAAAUCAAAGUGUUUAGGAAAGCGACAAAUACGGCGCAAAUACUGAAUUUCAAUAGCAACCACUUGAUCAGUCACAAACGCAGUUGCGUAUGGGCCCUAUACCGGUGCGUUGAGACGCACUGCAAUGAAAUGGAAGACAAGGUUUCUGAAUUACAAUAUCUUCGACGUGUACUGUGAGCCAAUAGCUAGCCGCGCAACUUUGUCAACCAUUGCAUACGAAAACGACACCAGAGAACAAAUCUAACCGGCCCCAAAUUUCGGAGGGCUCUUCCGUACAUGAAGAACGUCUCGGAAGCAGUCAGUCGUCUUCUCACUCCACUUGGAGUUGGGGUUGCGCACAGGCCGGAAGCAACCAUCAGGCGCUAAGUCAUGAGGCCGAAAGACCCACUGCUACGGGAGGAAACGUCUGAAGUCGUUUACCGGAUCUGGUACAGUUGCGGACAAAGCAACUACGCCGGAGAAACUGGGAGACUGCUCCGUACGCGAAUUGCCGAGCACGCAGUAGCAGUGAGACGGGGAGACGCUAGCUCUCAUGUGGCGGCUCAUUCGACAGGACCCAGCCAUAUUUUCGAGUUUCAAGAGGCCGAAAUCCUUGCAAGGGGUGACAACCGCGUGAACCGCGAGCUGCUCGAGUCAUGGUUCUCAGGCCCGCAAUCCAUCAACAAACCCAAUGACCUCCCGUUACCGUAUUCCGUCUUGAAGUUUUCCCUGGGCAGGGGAAUCAGUCACGUGGGGAGGGUGGAGGCCAGCAAUUAUCCCAGUGACAGUGAGUCGAUUUGCCGCGCAGUCGUCACACCAGCAUCCAACACGGAUGACGAAAUAACGGCAAUUAACUACAAGGACGCGGACUGACAAGCCACUUUCGCAUCAAUUACGACCCCAGCGAUGAUUGAGAGGGAUGUUAAUUACAGUGAGCAUAUAGUCCCACGGCAGCCACGUGCUAUAAAUAGUGCACUCCUUGUGCCACCAGUACCCUUAUCUGCGGCCGCCUCCAGUGAUGGGUUCGAGUGACAAUCCGAAACAUCAGGCCAAUAAAUUCCUUGUUCCAGUGAUCACAUCUUCGUCUUCUGAACUGCUACCUGGAACUCGCCUGUUCAGCAACCUCUCUCGCCUUCUUUUUUACCACGUCUCCGCUGAUCUCUCUGAGGGCCUCGCGGGUGAGAGCGGUAGAAUUGCCGGCCGUCUCAGCCCUCGCGGAAUCCGACGGGAUCCUGCCAGUUAGUUGUCAACCAUCCAAGGAACUAUUGUAACUUUGGCGUAUCACUGUGAGGAAAGACAGUGCAAGAUCGAUCUUAUUAUGUACCAGACUCAAUAUUGAGUCGAUGAAAAUCGGGCUUGAUGGCGGACCAGGCAUUAUGUCCCGUCUCCGGCGUGUUACACAGGAACUAGUCUACGCUCGAAUACUUGCCUUACGGCAGAACGUCCAAGUCACUUUUUUCCAUUCACGCUAAAGUGAUGCUCCUUCUGGUCGACUUUAUUUGCCAGAUAUCGGGCUGUGAUUGGACGUAAUUUAACCAAUGAAAUCCAACAGGGUGUGGUUUGUGGGUAAGACAUCCAUCUUCAGUCUGUCAACUUACGGGGUUGUAGCGGUGUACGAUAUGAGCAAUAAGUAUUUCACGGAAGUAAAUAUUACUUCAGACUCUGGUAAGGCCAUUAAGCUAAAUUCCUGUAGUAGGCACGGCCAGUUAGUAACGCUCGCAAGUACGAAUUAGAAAACGGGGAGAGCAAGUGAUUUUGCAGUGGCAACAAGGCCCCUUACCAUAUCGCGGGCGCCCAGCGCCCCACCAAAGUCAGACUGUUUGCUCCAGAUGGAAGAGAAGGGUGAGACGAGAAGAGAUCCGUUUGCCAUACAUGCCCAUAAAAGAGGGAUUGUCGUAUUUUGUUCACACGGUCAGUGUCAACUUCGGGCCUUGCUUAUGAACUUGUAUCAUAAUUGGGUCGAGGGGGCACGAAGGGACCCUGAGUAAAUUGCUGUAGUAGUGCCAUGUCGGUAACAAGACCACCAUUCUGUUGGCGUACCCGUUCAUUUUCUUUCAGAUCCAAAAUGAGUCCAAGUAGGAGUACCAACUAGGACGGGGGAGGCUGAAGUGGCCGUUUCUGGCUUGCUAGUUAUCAUCAGUCGGCCAACAAUAUCCAACUCCACCUUUGGACCAGUGGUAGAGUUCUAGACUUAGCGCUCAAUUAUCAAGAAUUCGGGUUCGAAUCUCAGGUUCUUCGAACCUGGAGUUGGCUAUGGCUUGCUAACGACGACUAAUCAGCCGGAAAUUACUACCCCAGUCUGCUUCACCCUUGUCACUUUGUGACUGUCUUCAGAACUUCUAAAUGGGGCCUCAAGGUUUAACGGGACAAAAGCGUUCUACAGCCUGAUCGAUGAACGGCCACCCGCUAACUAAAAUAAGUCUGUCCGGUACCUUCUUGGUACGGCUGCGAUCAUACCUGAUCUAGCCGGCUCCAAUGAUGUCCCGAACUGUACCUGCCCACGCGUGACGAUCGGCGGCAGCAGAUCUGGACAAUUCAACCCAUUCUCUUCGCCAACGACGGAGAGGGAAUACCGAAGGUCCAAGAACCACCUUCAUGUCUUAACGAACUGUGUCGAGUCAGGUUUUGAGUUGCAUCGCUCUUCGACGCCUCUUCGACUUUUUCCGAGUUGUCACCAGUAAAGCCGUCAUUGAAGAAGAAGAAGAAGAAGAAGAAGACACGAUCGCCGGGACAAGAGCUUUAUCAGCCCGACGUUUCGGAUUCCUGCUCGAAUCCAUCAUCAGAGAUAAAAGCAGAUAAGGGUGGUUCAGGCAUAUGCGGCUGCAGUAUUUAUAGGAUGCAGUAGCCAUGCUACCGCAUACCUAUGAAUAUUCACGGCUCCCCGUCUUCAUCAGGGAUCGUUGCACCUGGCGUGAUUGCCGACAUUCGCGUCGUUAAUUGCUGCAAUUACUUCUUCAGGACUGCUUCCUGGGACUCGUCUCUUCGCUUCUAUUGGCAAAGCCGUCAUUCACGUCGCUAACAGAGUCACUUAUCACUAACUUUGUGGAUAAGUUGGUAGAGUUUUUGAGUGUCACCAACGUUCGAGACCUGUCCGAUAGAGGUCACUAUUUCAGCCUAGUAUUGCUUCUGGUCAUCCCUGGCCGACUUUGCUGUCAUCUUCCGAAGUCAGCGGAAGGAAUCAUCUUUACGGGGACCUGGCUGAAGCCGUCUGAGCAGACAACUGCAGAGUUCUUCCGUUGCUUUAGCCACUGCGGCGUCGCUGCCCCAGAGACUGACUUUUUCAGUGACGACCACUGGUUACUGCCUUCUCCGUCGGCUCGAUUCUUAAAGCAGGACCGGAUUUCUCUGUUCGAGUCUUAAUCAUCUUGAAGUCCCAUAUGUGAUUCCUUUCCUUUUUUGAAGUAAUGUUGUAAUACUCUGGAUAUGAUCAAUAAUCAAACCUUGCACCGCACAUGCUGGGCCGUAAGUAUACUCAGGAGAAAACCUCAAAAAAUGCUAAAUUACAGUUUCGAACCGAAAUAUUUAUUGUUUUCUAAUAAGGCAGAGGGCGAGAGAUUAGACUUUCGUCAGUAUUUAUCGUGAUAGUAAGUACGUUUUACUUUCGAAAUGUGAUCGGACAUUAGGUCGGGGCCAAGUAGCCGCUCUUCUAAUGGGCAGUCCGCAGUAUUAAUGCGCUUGAAAUCGCGUUUCCUGGCUGCCAGUUUUGUAGGCAAACCUUUGUGACCGCCUUAACUGCAGACUUGACGGGUUUUGGCGAACCCCAUGUCUACCGUGGUUUUGCUCUAACUCGUCCAGAUUUGCUCACCCAAGUGCUUAAAAACAAAUCGGCCUCAGCUGGUUUACCGAUCUGCUUGAGAGCUUCAUCCGGAUUGUGAAAAUCCUUUGGCUCCGUACCUGUUCUUCUGCUCCUUUCAGACAAUUUACAUCCAGGAUCUGGAGAAGGGCGAUCGUCAGAAGGCGAUGAAACGUCUUAGGGUCCCUCCUUUGGCGCACACAGUGAGUUGUCUUUUUUCGCAGGUUUCCCGCGGUUCCUCCUCCUCUUCUCCCAAUUGCGGUUCUUUUUAUGCACAAGGGAAAUGAUCUGAUCUAACCUCCGGUCCUUUUGACUUAGUCCUGCCACCGGGCCCAAGAGGGUAGGGGAGGACGCAGUGCAGCGGGUGCUGUAAAAGUCACCGUCCCUGCGUAUAGCAUGCUGUGGGGCACACGGUGGACAUCGUCGGAAUCAACGGUCGAGCUUUCAAAACAACGAGUAUAGAAGGAAGUCCGGUAAGAUAUGGUUUGGUAGCCCCACCUGAUGGACACAUUGAUGUUGGAGUUAAGGGUUAGGGGUUAAAUGAUAGGGCUAGUGGUUGGGAUUUAGGAUAAGGGGUUAUAGUUAGGAGUUAGUGCAACUAUUUCUCAACCAUUGAAAGUACAACCACACAUUCCCAAUAGCGUUUCUUUUGCACACAACUACUUGACCUCGUCGCCUGUGCGUUCCCCGGCUCCACCUGUGAAAACUCCUAUUACCACCGGUCCCGACUGGGGUUUGUUUACUUCAGGUGGGGCUACCAAACCACAUCCGACCAUAAGUCCAGUGCUUAAGAGAUCUGUGGCGGUCAAGGAUGUGAGAUCAACCCAAACCACACACAAUAAGUUCGUCCCGUCUAAUUUCAGAAGUCAGGGAGUCGGGAGAACCAGUUUAUUCUGUGCACAGGGCAGGUUGCUGAGUUGUCUGGCUACUCGUGCGUCGGAGCAAAGCAUCCGUUCGGGAGAUCAUAAGUCGCGAUGCGUUGUGUUUACGCAGGUGUCAACGUACGUGUAUUGGACGUCCGAUUGGUUGGUUCAGGGUCAGUCGGGAGAGGCAUGGGUCGUAAGAAACCAGGCCGCCCAACGCGCAUGCGGCGGCGGAAGUUGGUGUGCGCAGCUGUGACUCAGUGUGGCCAAACGAGCGGCGCCCCAGCUUAGGCGCGAGGGGUCGCCGUGCGUUAGCGGUGUAGGUUAACGCGGUUCUCGGGGUCAUCAACUGACAAAGAGGCGCCUAAAAAAGCGGCCAAUGGCGCAGCUGCCACAGACUACUUGAAUCCCUUGAAAAAUUUGAAGCCCAGUCCGGAGUAGGUGGGCAAACUCAUGAAAUGUCAACCUAAAUUCCGAAAUGCGUUUUCGUUUUGUAAAGAUUGAUUAAGUAGAGUUGUAAAACAGAUCAUUGUGCAGCGUCAUUCUAUAAUAAUUUGAUUACCUCACGAUGCCGGCCAUCGAAAUAACUUCUUUCCGGCUGCAGGCAAAAGCUACACUCUGUAAAAAUGACUACUUAAAUAGCAUGCAUUUUCUCAUUGAUUUUCCGAUGCCCUUAAAAACUCGAUUUUAUCUCAUAGAAACCACGCAUGAAAAUAUCCAUUCUUCUGCUUAUUCGGUAGGAAAUUACGUCUUCUUUUAACUUUAUACUCAAAGGAAGGGUAUAAUUCGGUUUACAAAAACUUCUCCAAUUCCCGAAUAAUUUUGAACCCCGGCCUGCCGUGACACUUGCAUCCAGGGUGUCCAAACUAGAAGCCGCAUAUUUUCCGCCUAUGAAAACCAUACAUUCUCCACAGUAUUAGAAGGAGACCACACGGGGUUCAUAAAAUUUAUCGGUGCAUUUCAGUCAUAUUGUAAACUUUACUAGCCACAUUGGUAAAUGGAGAGGCAUGACGUUUUAUGAACGGCCAUUUCAGGGUAUUAAAAAAUCUCACAAUUAGAUACUUUUUUAAAACCAAAUUAUACCCUUCCAUCAAGCAUAAAAUUGGAAGAAGACGUAAUUUUAUCCCAAAGGAGCAAGAAGAAUGAAUGAUUUUAUGCAUGUUUUCCAUGAAAUAUAAUGGAGUGUUUAAAGACAUCGAAAAUCAAUUAGAAGAAUGCAUGCUGCUUAAGUAGUCAUUUUUUACAGAGUAUAGCUUUCGCAUGCAGUCGAAAAGAAAUUCCCUAGAAAGCCGGCAUCCUCAGAUAACUGAAUAAUUACAGAAUUAUGCUGCACAAUAAUUAGUUUUACAACCCUACUUAAUUAAUCUUUUCAAAACAAGAACACGUUUCGGAAUUUCGGUCGACAUUUCAUGAGUUAGCGCACCUACUGUAUUUCCAUACUUACUGUUAGCCACCUGUGAACUCGACAGGUUAGACCGCUAAGCUAACCAGCGAAUCUGUCUUUCUGGAGUCCUUUACGUAAUGGAAACCAUGCAAAUGUGACGGAAGUUGCCCAUCUGAAUUACUCCCAACUUCGAAUACUUCUGCCGUUCUCCGAGGGUUUGUUGGUGUAAGCCCGGGUUUAGGGAUCUUUUGUCUGCCUUCAUCACACAUCAAACAACGCCCUCGUCACUGUGCUGCGUACUCGUGUCAGUUGAGCUCAGGAAUAGUCGGUCGCGCGCCCAUCUACUCUGACUACAGGCUUACAGGAAUGGGCAUUUUCGUCCAACCACCAGCACUCGUUUGGAAAUUGUGACGUUUAGCGAAUCGUUUGGUAGGCCAUUUGAACGUCGGCGUGUCUUCCCCGACUCGGGGAUGCUUACAUGGCACCAAUGAUAAUAAUAAUAAUAAUACUAAUAAUAAUGUCAACUAUUCUUUGCUGUAAUCUGGCGUAGUCUUCACAACCACUCCUCACACUGGGCGGGACGUCCCAGUAAACAGCAGCCCUAAAUGGUAAGGACAGAAUACACAACAAGUCUUUCAGAACACUGACAUCUGAUUGGAGCAGUGGUGUCGGCAACUUGAGGUAACCUGUGGACAGUGUCAUCCGGGUUUUACGGGUGGGGCAAAACGCAAGACGCAGAGCAGGCAGAAUGCACGAAAACACAUAAAAUAAUUAAAUUCCUGCCGAAAGUCUUGCCUUGCCCUGUUAUCCGGCAACGGAAGUGAACACGGUAAUUAAAACACGCAAACGAAAAGCAAAUUAAAAAAAACUAACGGAAUCUGAAUUAACUGCCGCCGGUAAGUUUGCAUUCAGUCAAGAGUUGAAGAAAAGGUAACGGCAGGGUCUAGGAUCCUAUGUAGCUGUCGCAUGCAAAACGGUCCAUAGGCUACCUCAAGUUAUUUGGGGUCCUACAUCCUACCGUUGUCUUAGUGCCGUACGACCAGCGCAACCGAUGAUGUCGCUACGGCCGUCACAUCGCCCCGAAUUACAGUUGGCUGGGGGGCAUGUUUACUGGGGCUAUUUUGUGGGGCUACAUAAUCACAUCUGACCCAUUUGGCUUCCGUUUUGCGUUUGAGGCUAAGAUUAAGGUACAGGUUAAUUGUUUCCGAUUUUCGGGUUAGGGCUAUGCCUUUAGGCCUAGGUUUUUGGGUUACGGUUAGGGUUUGAGCGAACGAUUAGGUUUCAGUAUUACGGUUGGGUUUUUCAUUUACGGCCACGUCUAGGGGCAGCGGUUACGUUUACGAUUUCGGUUAAGACUAGGGUUGCCGUUAGGGUUAACGGUUAAGGUUGAGGCUAGGGUUAAGGUUAGGACUGGGGUUAAGGUCGUCGUCCGCUUCCUCAUUCCUGGCUCCCAUCUGCGAUCUAGCCGUCGCGGCAAUAACUCUCUCCUGGGUUCAACGCGCUUUUCAGACCGGUGGACGGAGGAGAGGGAAGCAUGAAGAUGUCGGUGGAGCGCCUCAGCUGCAUUUGAGAAGCAGACCCCUCCCCCCUCGGUGUCGCAUAAUCGAUAAUCUCCGCACUGUCGAGGUCCGUUUUCGCCCAUAUUAUGUCCGUCGCCGAAUGUCUAACUGAAUUUUAGUCCACUUGGCUAGCACGCACUUGACGCAAGGACUUCCCGGCCGCGGAGCCGUUAAUGUCUGUUUAAGUGCCGCCCGAGCUGGUGGCUGGGUGUAUGCAUCAUUUAUGUUUUUGCGUUUCUUCAUUUUGUUUCGAGUAUUCUCGGCCCCCAGUUUGCCUCUGCAGUCUAACGCCUACCGUUCUUGCCCUAGGCCGAGCCCAGAUGCGUUUUCCGAGUCGGUUUAUUUGCUGGAAUCUUCCUGGUGGAAAUCCUUGUGGCCAUUGUUUCUGGUGAGUUCAAAAAAGCUACGCUGUCUGCUAUCAGCACACCUUGAUCACCUUGCAGUCCCAUCAGAUCGGAACUUUUCUUUUAAGAUUUUACCUUCUGAGCUUAAACAUAAAUUUAUUGUCAGUUACCGAUCAGUCGUGUGUUUGGACCUGUGAGGACUCUUAGCGUACAGUGCAGAAUAGAGUUCGUGCCCAUGUGUCAAAUAAUAUUGGAAUACCGUUACCAAAAAUAAUUUUUGAGCCUCGGGGAUUUCGUGUUGUAGAAAUACCCAUUACUUCCUUCUCGUUUUCUCCACGUUUUCUAAAGUAAGCUGUGAUCUGCCAUACCAUGUAUCAGAUAAUGACUUGUAACAUGGACGUGACUUAAUGGUAAGGCGUUUAUCUCAAGGACUUGACUACCUAAGAGUCCAUGUUGUAGCCACAAGUCACCCAGGCCAUGGGUUGGAGUACGCGUGGCUGACGGCGGCUAAUACGCCAGAAACGACUAUUGCGGUCUUGCUCGCUUUCAUCGGUACCUCACCCACUCGUUUCACCCCAACGACCGUCUUAUUUGUCAAAAUCGGAGAUCUGGAUGAUGCAGUGGAUUCCACUUCGUCUGUAAGCUGGUUGUUUCCACUCGGAUUGGGACAUUGCCGUGUGCACUAAAGACGAGUAGGAUCCUGUUUCUGCGGGAAAAUACUGGGCUAGAAGUUGCAGCAGACGCGAUAUUUGUAAUGCACAUGUACGCAGACCAAACUGUCGUGGAAUUAGCUGCCUUCGCCUACUGACCUACAGUCAGAUGAUCUCAGUCGCGGUCCUAAGACCGCAGCCAGCUGCAUGAAUUCUACAACGCACUUUAAAUCGCGCCAGGUGGUUGCUGUUAAACUGAGACAGAAACUUGUCCCGAUGUGACCACAUUCUUUGACUGGGCUAAGAAUGGACCUUCGUAACUCCUCUUAGGGCUUUCUUAUCCAGUCUGGUUACUUCCGUUUUUUGUUCACUCGGCUUCCGAGCAGUCAGCGCAGCAGGAGCUCGUCGGCUGGUCGUUACGUUCAGGCUAAUACCUUGAAAAAAUGUUCUCAUUCACAGUCGUCUAUGUGGAACAGCAGUCUUUCUCGUGGCCAGCAUUCACCAUCUUCCGGACGACCCUUCUGGUGACCUAUUACACCUGUCUUCUCGCCGUAAACCUCUAUGGAUGGCAGUCAUCGGGUGUCAACCAUGUGCUAGUCUUCGAAAUUGAUCCGCGUUCCCACAUGGAUCACUUUCAAAUGCUGGAGGUACGUCCGUGUUUUUCUAGACCUUCAAUGCUCCUCAUCAACUUUUUUCCGUUCUCCUGAUCUUGUCUCGGCCUCUCCGCGUUCAUCGCCUCCUCUGCCCAUUCCUCUUCCGUGCUCACCAAACACACUGGGGCAUCAGUCGCCUCUACUAUUUUGCCUAAUAUAAAUGAGUAUAGUCUGUUGAUGAGGGCUAGUAAGCCAGAAUUGGCCAUCCCUGUCUCUCUUGUCUUUUAUCAAUGCUCUUUUCUGCAUAAACGCUGGUUGUUAUACCACCAACAACGAGGGCGUUAGACUGAACCCCAAGACACGACUCGACGAGCACGUCGCGCAGCCUUCCACAACGACAACUUCUUUGUAGUUACUGUGGCCCUCGGAAAGUCCGAAGCUUCUAGAAAAUUCUCGGCUGCACCAACAGAUUCUUGAGAAAACUCCAAGCAUUGCCUGAUGAGGUUAUUUUAGUCAUUGCCAUCGCCUUCGUCCUCCUCCUCCUCCUCCUCCUCCGUAAUCCCCAUCGCAGUCGCUGUAACUAGCGACCUUAGCGCUCGACCCUAACUCUCGGAUGAAGUAAGCAGACCAAACUACCCACUUCGGCCAACUCAAGGGACACUGUUACGCCGUCAGCUAACACCUAAGUCUGCGAUUCGGACGCAUCAUUCCGCCGGUUCUGAAGAUGUGCAAGGCUAAGGUGAACUUUGAGAGAUCGAAAAGAGUCUGAAAGUCCACUAGGAGUCUCAAAGAGGUGGUGAUCAAGACUGUCACUGGUUUUCACCGUGUACAGGGUUGUUAGCUUCUACGCGACUUGGAAAGUUCAAAUUUGCCUUGCUUAAUUUUCGAGGAAAUUAAGCAAGGCAAGUUGAAACUGGAGUUCAUAUACCAGAAAACACACGGGGAAAGCUGGGGGACCCACUGACGAGCCGAACCCCUCGCAGCUGCGUCAGGCAGCGGCACAAGAUCGGCGAAACACGCGUGUCUAGGCUUUUAGCUAAUACCUGUGUUGUUAGUACGGUAAAUUAUUGCACAAAGUUCAAAUUGUCAAAUAUUUCCCGUGACUAUAUUUCUUGUCUACCAUAAGAUUGGAUUCAUUAACGCAGUUGGAGAGCAUACAGUGGGUGACCAAUCUCAUGACAUGUUCGCCAAAAUUCUGAAAUGCGUUUUCGAUUGAGAAGGAUUACUUGGGCGCGGUUGUAAUACUGAUUAAAUUGCGACGUAAUCCCAUAAUAGUUCGGACUCGGCCGGAUGUCGGUUUUCAAAUGCACGUCAUUUCAAUCUCUUGUAGAAGUCGUGCUCGGCAAAAGAUGACUACUUAAUUAACAUGCGUCUUUCCCAUUGAUUUUCGACGGUCUUGCAAAUUCGAAUACAUUUUAUAAGAAACGUUAAUAAAAGUAUGCUUUCUUUCACUCGUUUGAUAGGGAACCACCUCAUCUUCAUAUUCUAUACUCGAAGAAGCAUUAAAAUUUAUGGGUUAAAAAGGUUUCCUAAUUCCCGAAUAAUUUGGAGCCUGAUUAGCCGUUGCACUAGCGCCUAGUGAUUGCAGUCUACAAGCGUCAUGCGUUCCGCGUAAAGAAAAUCACAUAUUCUUCUAUGUCUUUAAGAAGAUUUCAUAUAAAUUCCAUAAAAUUUUGCAAUGGAUGCGGACUAUGUUGUACAUUUCAUGAAGCGCAGUGGUAAAAGGGACAGGUAUAAUGCAGUAUGAAUAGACUUUUUAAAAACUCAUUGUACUGCUUCUUCAUGUCUAAAUUAUGAAGAUGAGGUGGUUCCCUAUCAAACGAGUGAAUGAAAGCAUACUUUUGUUAACUUUUCUUAUAAAAUGUAUUCGAAUUUGCAAGGCCGUCGAAAAUCAAUGCGAAAGACGCAUGCUAAUUAAGUAGUCAUCUUUUGCUGAGCGACACUUCUACAGGAGAGUGAAAAGACAUGCAUUUGAAAGCCGACAUCCGGCCGAGCCCGAAGUAUUAUAAGAUUACGUUGUGAGAUACUCAAUAUUAAAACCGCGCCAAAGUAAUCCUUCCCAAUCGAAAACGCAUUUCAGAAUUUUGGCGAACAUUUAAUGAGAUCGGCCACUCACUGUAUUCACUGAAUGUCGUGCGUCGCACACAACGAUGAUCGCCGCUGCCCAAGAAGCAUUUGUCUUGGCCUCCUCCCUCGCCUAAUGGCCAUACAUGAUAGAGCCGUUUGAAUAUGUGCGUGUGCGGUGCGGUACGGCUGACUGCGUCUGCGCGUGCCACAACUCUGCCGGUCCCCCACUCCGCCUGAAGCAGAAUUAAAAUGAAAACGACCCUAGAAACCACAUUAACAGGGGGCCAUUAGACCCUGACCCUAAGUCAAAAAGACUGAUUUGACAAGUGUGAAGGGCUCACCGGAUCAGGGGAAUUGUAUGGUCGACGUUUCGGAGGGCUUGACCGGCCCUCCGUUAUAAAAGCUUUUUGCGCGGAAAAUCGACCAGAAUUUUAAAUAAACGACUGAAUUAUUUGGCCUUGGACUGACCGAUUUUCUUCUUAUGCUGCCCUGGCCUUUGUUUGUGAAUGUUGGCAGCCUCUUGCAUUGUGUGUCGUCACCUCAAUGGGGGGUCGGUUGCAUCUAUACUCUCCUUUCGGGUGAAUUAGUCGACGGGUCGUGUUUCUUUGGUAUUUUUAAGCUCCGUACGACCGUCUUAUCCUGUUCAUGGCGUAUGUACUGCCGUAGGACUAUAGGCCGCAGUAAGGUCCAGAUGCCUGUUGAUGUAGUUGGCAUCUGAGUACCAAGCCCCAAGUGUGAGACCCAAUGUCCUUGCGGUGCCCCUGCCUAAGACGGCUGCUCCUUGAAAAUCAAAACUGUGCCAGUUUCUUCGAUGUGAGUCGCAAGCUGUGUGUUUGGGUCUGGUCUCCGAGUUGCCAGUUUGUGCUCAUGUAGGCGGGUCUGCAAUUUCCGUCCGGCUUCCCCAACGUAUUUGAAGGCUCCAGCGUUACAACAUAUUUGAUAGACAACUGCUGAGGCCUCAGUGGGUGGCAGUGUGUCUCUGAGUUGCAUCAAACAACGACGAAUUGUCGCCUGGGGUCGAUGUACAAUGUCUACUCUGGCGGAUUGUAGUGGUUGUUAAACCACCCCGGCGCCUCCUUUAAUGUAAGGAAUAGCUCUCCAGACUUCGGGUUAUUGUUCUUAUGGACGUCGUCUGGUCAUCCGGCGCUUGCUUUGUUUGAUAAAAUAACACGGGUAUCCAUUGUCCCGAAAUAGGUCAUUAAGGUAUUGUCGUUCAGCUCUUUUGUCGGCUGGUGUGUUGCGGUUUGUUUCAACUCUUUGGGCACAACUGCAUUUGUGAGAAAGGAGAUGGUUGCCAAAUGUCCCACUUUCGAACUCAGACAUUCAGCUCGCCGUACUUGUUCAGAGCACGCCAGACUUUUUUUAUUAAUGAAAUCGCGUCGAGUUUUAGCCCACUCUCCCUUAUCUCAUCCACAGUGGCUGACGUAAUAAGCCCAUUGUCGCUGCCUUUCUUUUUAUGGGUGAUGUUUUGCUGAUCGAUUUUUGUAUGGGCAUACUACCGAGCAUGCCAGUACGAUAUCCAAAUGCAUUUUCUACCUGCUGUUAUAUCGGUUGCCCCCUAGAGGGUAUAUAAAAUGUGGACUAACGCUAAUACUCGAGAGCAGAGAGUAUUAAAAUCCAACCACCUUCUAAAUGAUGACGUGCAUUAAAAAAAUCCACUUAGUUAGAGGGGAAGUAGGGAAAUUUAAUCCGCAUACCUGUUUUCCGAGCUAUUUUCCUAUUGGAUAGUUAUUUUGCUGAUUUUUUUUGCGCUACAGUUUGGUCUCCUGCUGGCCGACCUAUGGGGUGCCUUCGUCAUCAUGUACAUCUUCAGUCCCCACAUCGGAGUACCGCAGUUCGCACCUCCCUUUGUCCUCGUUGUUCUCAUGUUCGCCUACCUCCUCUCGCCGUUGCCCUUUCUGCACUACAAGGCACGGCGCUGGGUAUUAAAGAUAUUUGUGAGUUCUCGUACUCCUUUUCUCGCUUCCGUCAUCGCCACUGUCUUCUUCCCCAUGCUGCGCCCCUUCCUCCUUCCAGUGGCCGUCCUGUGCUCUGCCUCAAGACUAUCUUCAGUCGUAUUUAAAAUGCACUAAGUCAGUGUAGGCAAAGGAUGGUUUCCGGAAAAUCCCUACGAUUCCUGUACAGUAUAUGCGCCAACUGCCUGGUUGGGGUACCCGGUUAGUCAUGGUUUUAGAAAUGUCGUUUUUUCCUUUGAGUUCUUAAAUGCACAGGCAUCGGCCUGCUAGUAACCGCGAGGACAGCUUGGCUUUAGUCCAUCACUACGUGCAACGGAAGAGCAACAUUGUCACCUUUGAAAAAGUGAAGGUCGUUGGUCGAGCGAAUGGCACACUUACCGCACCGUUGACCCACGUUGCGCCUACCAGUCGCUGCGCACGAUACUCAGAUGAGUUUGAACAGGGCCGAUAAGACAAGCGAGCAGUCAGGCGGGACCAAGAGCCAACGCCCGCGGAUAGGAAGGAAGAAGCCAGUCGGGGGUCAAGUAACCGGCAUAGAACACUGCCUAACUGACGCCUCCCCCCACCCCACAAGCUAUUCGCACGAGCAGCACAACCGACUAGUACGCCGGGUGACGAAGGAGGAGGAGGGGCCAACAGACACGCUGACUUCGCUUCAACAACUACGAUGGCCGCAGAGGGGACAAAGGUCACGCAACCCCACCAGCAGUCGGCCACUGUGAGGUCAAACGAUCAGUAGCAAACCGUUAGGUCAAUGUUCGGGCCUCGGGCACGGUUAUGACGACGUGGCGAGGCCAAAUAAAUAAACACCAGCAGGAUCAGUCACAGCACCACUCUAAUGAUAGGAGAGGGGAAGUUUGUGAAAAGUCACUACAAGUACAGCUCGGACCAUGAACUCGCCUCCUCCGUCUUCACCAGAGGACGACGGACGCGUUGCAUAUGUGUGGGCAUUUUAGUCGACGGCCUGAUUACAUGAGAAAGGGGAGGGGAGCGACAUGGGUCGGGGGGAGAGAGCAGGAAUCGAUGCCCGCAUGUUGGGAAUGACGCGUGUGGGAGGGGGUGGGUGGCCAACUUUCGUGGCGCGCCGUCCAUAAGGUGAUCUUCAAGUCAAGGCGCCGUUCACAAGGUGCGUUUCGGCCAAAGGAGCCUUAAAGAUCUUGCAAUGACUUUUUGUGAUCCGAUGAGGGGUUGUCUGACUGAGGGCGCCCACCUCUGCUGAUGCUCAUAUUUGCACACGUAGGAGCCUCCGUCGAUCUAGGCGGAAGGUCCCCUGGACGCCCACCUCUCAGUCCUCCCUACCAUCCCAACAUAAUUGGUUCUUUCAGCUACCUAAUAGUAUACCAGCCUGAUGAGGAUUUACUGAAAGUGGUCGUUCGCUGCCCUUCACAAGUUUCCUCACUUCCAUUGCUGUUCUUUCCUUGUAGUGGCGGGUUCUUCGCGCUCCCUGUACGUAUGUCAACUUCUCCGACUUCUUCAUGGCAGAUCAGCUGUACAGCUUCCCCUUCAUCUUCCCCGAUAUGGCCUUCUUUCUGUGCUUCUACGGCUCCUACUUCGAUUGGCCCUCCAUGAAUGUGAAACAGUCCCUCAAGAACGCCACGAUUACACCGCCUGGCAAGAGUCCUUACUUUGGUGUGUUCAGGUGUAUAUUUCCUGCUUCGUAUCUCUGCUGCUCAGUUUGGUUACAGUGAGAAACGUUCUCUGAGGGCCCUGGAGACAGAGUCCCCAGGCAGCGUAGUUACCUCCUCCCUCCCCAAGGCAUCAUUCCGCGGGAGUAGGCGCAAGUGGCUGGCGCAGCAGGAACCACGGAAGCCGUUUCUUAGAAGGCUGCCAACUGACGGGAUAGCUCGGUCCUCGCAGAAGAGAGAGUCGGUCUGCAAUGACUCCAUACCAAUGUGACCUCUAUGACACUUCCACCCAGUUUGGAUCCUAUCCGGCUUCUAUGGGAACCUCGUGCCUGGACAGGACGUGUGUGGCACGCGUAGACGGACUGUUUCGCUUUGCCAGCUACUGCAUCCCAAUCCGUUUCUGGGCUUAUUCACUCUUUCACGACACAGGGCCCAGGCGGAUGGGGGCGGAAAAGAGUGCGGCAGGUGCUGCGCAAGUCCACUAUCAUUGUAAACUAGUUCAUGUACAAGUCACGCCCCUGCGUCCACCUUGUUUGAGGCACUCGGCGGACAUCGUCGAUUUUGGGUACGGUCAGCUCUUCAGCAGUCGCGCUGAUUGUUUGUUUUAUGCUGCUUCCUAUAGCGCUUUGGCAUAAGGACCUAGCUAUGAGACAGCGGUGGCGAACGAACUUAUUAGCUGGUUUUUUACGGUCGAAUUUCCCAUUACUGCCAUCGGGUUUUACAGCGGGCCCAAUCAUAGCCUUCCGUUCAGCGACAACCUAUUCAUUUACCAUUGACGAGGGCUAUUCCACUAUCUGCCAUCUGUGUGCGCGCCGGAUAGCCAGCGGCGCCGGUGGUCCAAGAACCACCUCCAUGUCUUGACGAACUGUGUCGAGUCAGGUUUUGAGUUGACCCCCUUUUCGACGCCUCCAAUGGGGUAGCAGUGCCGGAUCGAGGGCAGUAACACUCAGCUCCUGAGGUGGACGACGAAGAAGAAGCCCAAACCACCUCAGUCGUCUUUCUUGGAUGGCCUGGGUCAUCUUUGCGAUGCUGUCUCAGCGAGUGCGGACUGUCUCGUUUGAGCCGAAGUCGAUGUACUUCACUCGAAGGAUGGUCCUCAGGCAGUGGUGUUCAAAUACUUCCAGUUUUCGCUCGUCCUCCACGUGCAUUCACAACCAUAAAGAAGGACAGACCGGACAGAGGCACAGUGCACACAAAUCUUAGUGGCGAUGGAGAGGUCGCAUAGGGUACAUGGGCAUUUUUUGAGGCUUGAGAAAACCCAGCGGGCAGCAUCAAUUCGGCAGCAGCCUCGCCCCGACGUAUUUAAAACUGUCCACCUCUUCAAGUUGACAACCAUCAAUCGCGAGAGGUGCCGUCUCCUAGUCAGGGAUGCAGCUUUUAUGGAUAAACCGACCGAUUUAGCGACCUCUUUCACCCGUGACACCGCAGACUGCAGAUCGCCAAAACUUGCAGCAAGUAAGGCAAUAUCACCGGCAUAGUCGAGGUCAGUCAGUCGGUGUCCGGGUGCAAAUUCAACACCUUCACCUUCGUGUAGAGCCCUCCCUAGAAUCCAGUCAAUAACACAGUUGAACAGCAUGGGCGACAAGAUGCAACCCUGUCGAACGCCAGACUGAAAACCGAAUGGUUGGGAAAGAUUGUUGCGGACCAGGACUCUCGCAGUAGUUGAGCGAUAAGGGGCCUUGAUCAUGGCGAUGAUUUUUGGUGGCACACCAUCUCUCUCCCCCCCCUCUCGCUCGUGUUCUCCGGACCCACUGCCGCAUAUCCUUAGGCGUGAAGGCAUCAGUUUACGACAUCGUCGCGGCUAACGAUAUCAGGUAUGACCACAGCUAUACGAAAUACAGGCGGAGUGGACUGGCAUGAACCUCGUGUUAUCCAUGAUGCGGAGUUUAAUUUCUUCUGUGACCGCGUCAAUUUAAGCAUAAUCAGACAGGCAUGCAUGCAAACUGGCGAGGCGCUUUAAAAGCCUGGAUUAGUCAAAGCGCCGCCGUGGGUAGACAGCCGGAUUCCUGAGGCCGGGAACUCACCUCUGUAGGUUUCUGCGGGCAUGCUUUUCUUGCAGUAAGCGUGUCAGACAGGUGGAAAAUCUCGCCUGCCUGAGUGGAGAAGCUAGCGCAUUUGAGGCAGUCCUAGGGUGGAACAGACUACCCUCUCAGUUACUCUGUCCCAUCUCAUCUCAAGCCGUCUUGUGUGGGAGCAUGACUGCCUUCGGUACGGUCGGUGAAGAAUAAGUGUCAGCACAAAACGCCUCUGAAGUUGUCUUGGACGAAAGAAAAAGAUUCUCUGUGUGACUUUGUAGUAAAAAACUUCUAACAUCGUCUCAGGCCAAUUACAACAGUUGCGUUUGUUAAGGUGUUUCAUGAGCGAAAUUCUCAAAUUUCGAUUUUUGCUCCGAAACCGCAGUAUUCGCUGGGACACGAGAAUAGGCACCCCCUUCGUAUAGGUAACCCUGCGCAAAAUUCCAGGGAGUUGGGGUUAGUGUCAGGGUUAGGACAUGGGAAUAGGUACUCCUCGUGAAAUCUAGCACCGGUCCAACGUAUUACGGGAGGUUCCUACUUGAGUGUCCUCAAAAUGCCAAUUGUAAAGUAGGCAUACCUUUAGUUGAAAUACGAACACCUCCUACGGAAGGCGUUGAAGACUAAUGGGCUAGCAGCACGCGUUUGGCUUCGAUGAAUUCUUGUCAGACCAGUGCGUUUGGUGACUGCGAAGUUAGUUAAAACAUGUGCGUAAUUAUAGAAGUCUGGCUUCACACAACUGGGAAGCUUGGAGGAGUAGAAAGGACGAACAAUACUAUCUGGCCACAUAAAAAUGGGUAACAUGGGUGGGGCGAGGAGGCAAGGGAAGUGCGGGAAAUUGCAUGCAAUUAUAAGGUUAAUUGAGCAUUGGCCGUGGUAGAUGGGAAACUUGCUCUGAAUUCUUCAGUGCGCACAAGACCGUCUCUGGUUUCGACCGUUUCUGCUGUUGCUAGUACAUGUCGUCCCAGUAGCUUUGGGAGGGAGGAUAGGUUGUGCAACAUCACUUGGUUACACAUGUAUAGGUGACUACUAUAUUUGUUUUAGAAGGCCUUGCUUUGUUUAUUAACCCAUAUCUUCAGGAAGUCUCCCUUUACGUGGUAUCUUAAAUUUUGAUAUAACCGCACGCACCAAGUUUUUUUUCAGUAUGACUUUCUUUAGUGAUAAAUUAUUUGGAAUUGUGUUCUUGCCCCUCCUCUCCGUAAUUCCUUCGUCUUACCUUGAUUUCCUAAUUACCUCAAUGUACCUGUAUUGCCUUUCAUUGCCGAUUCCAUACGCCGUGCCUUACCUAUUUCUCCCGGAGGAGUAGUCAAACCUUUUUGUGAUUUGCGAAAAUUCCCAUAGCAGUAAUCGGAAGUGGUAAUCAGAAGACGAGGGGGCGAGCAUACGUAGCUUUCGAUAAAUUCUCGUCGGGCCAGUACAUUUAUAUGGGAAGGGGGUAGAUGUAAAAACACGUCAGUGAUAGGAUAAAUCGAUUCAAGUUCGCCUUAAACACAGGCUAGGUGUGGGAAUGUGGGGCUGUCCGAUUUAUCUUAUCACUGACGUUUUUUACCUUUACCUCCUUCCCAUAUAAUUGUACUGGCCCGACGAGAAUUUAAAGAAACCUUUUUGUGUCAUGUCGGUACUCACCACACCAUGCGUGCAUCGCCGUCUGUGUUUUGGUUUGCCUCGGUUGGAGCACAAACACUCUGCUUUCUCGGCAUCUCUGAACAGUUUCUAUUGUCUAACGUGUACGCCUGACUUAUUUAUUUCUUUAAGAAUAUUUGUGCAUAGUCGCUCUCAUAAACAACAAUAAUAAUACGGUUAGAUUUAGUUGAGAGGAGGGGUUACACAAUCUACCGUUGUCGUUUUGGGUACUUUGGUGGGAACUUGUAAAUCACUCGGAGGGCUUUAUUGAUAUCCAUGAGAUCCGUGGUCUCAACAAUAUGUGCAGUGAUGGUAGCGCUUAGGCUUUAACCAUGCUGGGAGACGUUCACUAACAGGUGCAAACAUGAUACCCUGCCACAUAAGAUCAUGUAAGGAAGCAAAGGAGACGGUCUGAGCUGGACAAUUACCCUUACCCUCCCCGUGUAGAAGAAGGCUGGUCGAGAAUAGCGUCCAAACUUAAGGUGCUGAGAAGGUCAGUGAGGCGUUGAGGCGUCUUCCUGGGAGUUACUUCGUCGUCUCUCGACGAUGUCUUUACACACGUGUUUUAAUCGGCCUAACAACCAUAGAGAUGUGCAGGUCUGAUGAAAAUUUGCCGAAACCAAACGCACGCUCGUCAAAUAGUAUUCAAAAUAUUUCAACCGGGAUCUAUAGGGGAGGGCUUUUCUAUCCUGCCUAGGCAAUGUACUAGAACGUACAUAAGUGCCGAAACUAAAUGAAAAAAUAUGGAGCACUUAGGCAUUGUGUCCCUGCUGGUAAGAUCGAUACAAAUUGUCGCCAGGGUUCUCAGGGAUGAUCCUACAAGUCACGUCAUAGGAAGUGACUUGAGGUUAUGUUCCAUGUGUAUUCGCAAGUAGUAAAACGUGUUUUCAUGUUUGUCACAUAUUUGGACACUUGAACCGACCAUUCAAAAGUCGCGUAACUGUUUCAGGGGGUCUGUUCACAUGCUUUCACAGUGGGCAUUUCGCUCGCCCUUCAUAAAGGCCAUAAAGCGUUUCUUUAUCUGGCUGCUUUUACGAAAAUCCACUUCUAUCGGGUAGUCGAGUAUAUAUGUCCAUUGCAGAGGCCAGCAGCCAUUGGGAAACAGGCAGUUCUUGUAGACGCUGCAUGAUUCGUCAUACUGACAGCACAGGUAGUAGCUAAACGCCCACAUACGCGUGAUUUGCCUAUUUGCCGUCUCUGUAUGACGCUCAUCCGUUGGGUAUAUCAAAUGAAUUUCUUGUCUUUUCCCCCUCCACCGAUGUGAACACAAGAGCACUUCGUUGAGGCAAUAGUUGUUUCAAGGCGUAUUUUGCGGUCACUGUGCGUACCCAGUUUUCCGGUUUGUGCGUAGGGCUAUCAGCCGACAGUUGUAAAUUUGGCAUGUAACCGGCAAUUCGGUGUCCUAGGGUAACAGCUGGGCUUUAUAUGGUAUUAUUAACAAAUAAUCGGGAAUGAACAGACCUCAACAGUGGAUGCCUGUACUCUGAAAAAAAAGCAGUUGGCCACAUUUAACGCCCGACCCCGGACAGAAAAAAACUUGCGUUCGCUAGCGUGGGUCAAGCGCGUGUACAGGAAGGAUUUAAAGUAACAAGGGGUCCUCACUCUGAAGGUCAUAUUCAACUUGCAGUUAAGUCAGAUAUAAGCUCGCAGAAGAUUGUGGAGAAUUUAUAAACUUGCCCAACAAAAGAUAGCACGCUGUGUCUGGCAGUACACGAAAGCUUGUCUGCAAUUUGGCCCCAUUGAAUUAGCUGCAUCGGCGUGUUCAGCAGGCCCUUAAGUACAGCACAGGUCCCGCACCGAAGACUUCUCAAAGCCACGGUGGUAACCGUUUGGGUAUCAGUUAGAGGAAUCUUAAAACCACAACUAACUCCGGAAUUGUCCAGAGGCCAGUUCUGGCAAAUCGUACUAUAUGUUUUGAACAUUUUUGCUCUCCACGUCUUCCUCCUUCUCGCUCUCCCUGUUGUCGCCUUUCUCUUCUUCCUCCAUCUCUCCCCGCAACAUCCUCAGGUAAUUCUUCUUAUGCUGGGAGGCUAUAUAGGGACAUUUUGGUAACCUUUUGGUAGAAAGCUGAAUUUUAAUUGUUUUUUCCUUUUAUUUCACCUUAUUCUACCCGCAGCACCAAAGACAACCUGUGAUGGUCCACUCUUCGGUCUCACUCCCGUUUUACGCAGCCUUCCCGCCUGGUUUCGGUUUGCCCAAUGCAUCCGCCGAUACCAUGACCUAGCAGUGAAGGAUCCUUCGCCGCAUCUCUACAACGCGGCGAAAUACUCCACCGUCUUCUUCGUCGCCACCUUCAGCACCUGGGCUGAGCUCAACCCUAGUACGUCGCGUCACCAUCAAUCUUUUUCCUCUAUGCCACGCAGAGGCUGUUCAGCCAACCGGCACGCCCUCUGCAGGCGCAGCUUACUAGCAGGCCAUCGAACUGAAUCGGUCUCACUUCAGAUGCUGCAGUCGCAUGUGGCUACGAUCAGGCGCCAGAUCGUGCGACCUAAGGACUACCCUGCCAUGCAGCAAGACAUGACACCUUGGCUGUCGAUUUCGAUGUAUUCCUUGCCAGACUAACUACGGCGGAGAGCAGGGCAGGCGCAUGACUGAACACAAAAACGUAAGGAGAAGCCCGGACACGUCUGUCUUUGAUGACGGGGAACUGUCACAACAGUUCAACCGUCGAUUCCGGCGAUGUCCACCGUGUGCUCCGCUGAAAUUUAAAGCAGACAUGGUGACUUGCGCGUGAAGUAGUUUAUAGUGAACGUGGACUUUCGCAGCAUCUACCUCACUCUCUCUUUUUCACUCUCCACGCGGACCCGGUGUCAAAACAGACCGGAGACGGGCGAGGGCGCAGGUGGACGGCGCGGUCGAGCUUCCACUUUGGCGUUCCACUCCACGCAGCCAGUGGCCAGAUUUUUGACCAACAACAACACCCCAACAGGGGUCAGAAGGACGAGGAUGAUGACUGGGCGGCCAUGCCCACCACCCAGCGGGAGCGCAAGAGCAUAUACCGGCAGGGAACCAGGUGUCAGGGGACUGCCAGUGCAUCCCGGGCUGCGAGGGUCAGGGUUCGCCGAUACUGGAAUGGCACACGCUUUCAGACUUUUUGACUGGCGCGUUUGGCUGCACUGCAUACAGUCUCAAGCGUUGGAGCUGUGGAGUAGAUGCGAAGUCCGUUAACAGCGUGCGCACCAGUGCAACCGUGGGCGAUAAGUUUACUGUAAAGCUCUCCCCUCCAGCUCCAGGUCAAGGCCGGUGCAUCAUGCGGGAGGAGGGACGGUCACGGUAAUGACCCCCCCCCCACAGCCCCCCCCCUCGAGACCUGAAAAUUGUCAACGCAGUCACGACGGCUGCUAGAUGUAGUGGGACGCGGCGUUCUCCUACGCUGGCAGUUUUUCUGUUCUUGAAGAGUCGGGAGUUUUUGCCUACAGUGAAUGAUGAUCGAUCUCAUGAAAUGCCAGCUGAAAUUUUGAAAUGCUUUUACGAUUACGAAGGAGUACUUACAUGGGGUUGCAACGUUGAUUAUCAAGCGCCAUUGACAGAUAAUAUUUUGACUCCUCUGAAUGUUGGCUUUUGAAUGCACUUCUUUUCGGCCUCCUAUAAAUCCGCUCUCGGUAAGAAAUGGCUACCUACGUAAUAUGCAUUUUUCACACUUUAUAGUAGACAUGCACAAAGGCAUGCUUUCCCCUACUCAUUUAGUGGUAAAUCACGUAGUCUUCAUAUGUUAUAUCUGAAGAAAGAGUGGCUUUCGGUUUUGAAGAAGUUUCUAAUCACGAGAUUUUUUAAGAUUGUGCGAUUUCUAUUCAUACAGCAUGGUACCUGCCCGUUUAUUAAUGUUCCUCAUAAAGUACACAAUUGGGCCGCAUAUAUCGCAAAAUUUUACAAACUCUCCACGGUAUCUUUUUAAAGACAUAAAGGAAUAUAUGAAUUUCCUUACGCGGAAAGUGUACACCUUGUGGACUGUAGUCACCAAACGCUAAUGCAACGGUUGAUCUAACUCAAAAUUAUUCGGGAAUUGGAAAACUUUCCCGAAGCCUACAUAUAUCAUUUCUUUGAGCAUAACAUGUGAAGAGGAUGCGGUUUUCUACCAACCAGGUAAAAAAACAUGUUGUGUGCUUGGUUUCUAUAAACUAUAUUUUAAGUUAUAGGAUCAUCAAAAAAUCAGUGGAAAAAUGUAUACUACUUGAGUAGUCAUUUUUACCAAGUGCGGUUUCUACAGGAGGUCGAGAGGAAAUGCAUUCAAAAUCAUACAUCCUGGCAAGUCCGAAAUAUCACUGGAUUAUGUCGCUUUAUGAUCCAUCUUACAGCCCCACCUAAGUAGUCCUUCCUAGUCGAAAACACAUUUUAGAAUUUCAGCUAACAUUUUAUGAGACCGGUCACUCUCUGUAUGGUUCCUGGCGUCCUCUCUUCUUCUAACUUUGCACUAUUUACGAUAGUAGAGGCUCUUAGUAACCUUUGUAGCUUCGAGUCGAACUAACCCGCAGGAGGCAGACAUGCCGAUCGGUUGAUUCUGCGUCCAAACCUGGUUAAUCAUGCGUGGACCAGGCUUGUGUGUUGCACACGUAGAUUGGCUGCCUAGGCUCGCCAACCACUGCUCUCGAUCCCACCUUCGAUCGUUCUGACUUAGUCUUGCUACCGCACCCGGAAGGGGGGAGGCGAGAGCGCGGUAGGAGGAGUGCAAGUCUGCUAUCUCUUUAAUCUAACCGGCAUACGAGUCACCGUCUCUGUGCCCGUCAUGCUGUGGGGUUCGGGACUGACUUAUAUGGCCCCCUAAACAGGACAUAAUGAAGGUGGACUUACGCAUAAUUUCGCUUUCCUAGUCUUAACUCUAUUCCUACUUUGAAUCAUAACUCUGGAUUGAACACUAUCCCCCGCCUUAACCCGACAGUUGGUCCUGACUUGCCGUUGACUUUAGAUUUAGCCUUCAACCGAAUCCUUAACCUAGCUCCAACCCUAACCUUAAACCAUCCACAUUGCAAGCGGUUCCUGUUCUCAUGUCCUGUUUAGGGGGCCAUUAUAAGUCAUUCCUGCCCGCAACUGUAUCCGGACGAACAUAUGAAAUUGAUAUAGAGGGCAUGCCCUACUUAGAUAGGACUACUCACUAGCAGACGGCCGCGUAGCAACAAUCCCCAGACGAUGUCCAUACUUGGUCAUUCCCGAUGCUCUGCAUGGAAGGGUGUUUGUAGAUUUAGAUGUACCACCAGCCCUCGGACAAAAUAUCCGCUCGCACAUUUUCCGCGCUCUCCAGGGCAACAAUGCUCCCCCUUUCUCUGUUGACUGGGCAACAGCCCUGCGUACUAAACAGCGUCGGAGAUUUAUUCAACGGAAGAAACUCCCACUAACGCGAAAGACUGCACUGACUCGUGAUCUUGAGAUCAAGUGGGGUUCGCGUGUGCGCGAAACCCCGCAUAUACUCUGUGUUGCCCUCUUGAAUGACUGGAGUUCGUUCGUUUGCUCUGUUCUGGUACGAAGGACUUAUGCAUCCACCAGAGCCUUUUGAAUAAUCAUAAGCCUAUAAACGUUAAAGAGGUUCCUGCCAGAAACCAAGCGGACCUUGACGUUUCACUUUCAUGGCGCAAAGAACCAGGCCUUGGUGUUACCUAGAACAUGGCGAUCACCUCAGCCCGUUGCGAGGAACGAAAGGCGAAUUUGGCCCAAGAAACCAGGAGCCAGUCAACUCUACUACAUAUCCUAAAGCGAAAGGCGGAUGUUAUAUCUUGUUCGCUUCUGUACUGUUUUAUUUGCGUAAAAAUAAAUGAGGCGGGGGUCAGGGAUGGUGGAGCAACUGUGGGAUGUAGUCGAGCCCCUCAACUGGUCUCAAAAACGGAGCAGAAACUGCCACGUCCCGCAAGAGGGCCCCGCGGCUGUGGGACACAUUCAGUGCAGUUCAGUUUAUUUGAGGGAAAUAUGGGUGUUGAACCUUUGAACUCCCUAUUUGUUACAAGGAAGCGAACUAUAUCAAAAAGUUGAAAUGGGAACAUCAAACAGCUACAGAGUGUCUUCAGAUUGGCAAAUUUCUCGAGCCAGACAGAUAAACGAAUUGUUCCAAGAGUUAAAAACAUUAACGUUACUAAGUGUGCUGUACAGUAGUCUGUCUAUGGAUAGUUGGUGCUAUCUCAGUUUCUGAGGGAGACGAAUUAGAUGCCAACACACAUUCAGCAGACAUUGGACAAUAAUAAAAAAACAAACGUUACUGAAAUACAGGCAGUAAUAUAACAACAUUAACAAACUGCUCCAACGAAAUGCUGGGCGUUGUCGGUCAGGUGGCAUUAUGACGUUUGGUGGUAAACUGGCCCAACUUGCGCUUAAAAGCCUCGACGGAGGUGGACAUGACGACAUCCGUAGGCAGAGCAUUCCAGGCCUCAAUCACUCUUACAUGAUGGACAUCGGAAUGGUACUAAGCGACGCUGCAACCGUCGUGAAUGCUGAUCAUGUAUGACGUGCCCGGCCACGUUUACGUCGCAAUAGCAUCCCACCACAGGCAGCGAUCUGCGGAAGCGGAUCAGAGGAGCUGGAUCCAGUCAUUCGCCAACGACGAAGAUAGGAUACCGACGGUUAGGGAAUCACAUGCACCAUGUGACGGGAUCUGUUGGCCCAGGCUUUGGACCGACCUCGCGGACGUCUCCGCGGGUAGACAGAGGUGCCAAAUUAUGGACAGCUUCAAAACCCACACUUGAAUAAGCGUCAGUGUUAUCAACACGAUUUUGGUGAACCUUUCCUUCUUCUUGUAUGACUUGUUCUUGUACGGUCCGGGAGAAUAGGUACUUUAGAUAUGUAGUCGAGCAUUUUCUACCAUUCUCACCCCUUCAACCCCUUGUAAGGAUUGACACUGAGGCCUAAGAAUUUUUACUUAACUAAAACAGCUCCUGAACUUGACUGUGAAGCCUUUUAAGAGAAUUGCUGGCAAGUAGUUAGUUAUACAUAUUAAGCCGAGUGGGAUUACACAACCUGUCCUUACCCCCGUUGUCUUACCUAGAUUUCCUAGUUAACCCAAUGUAUUUGAAUCGCCUUUCGUUGUCGAUUCCGUACGCCGUGGCCUACUUAUUUAUCCCAAAAGAGUAGUUAAACUUUUUCGCGCCACGUCGGUGCUCACCAUACUAUUCGUGCUGCAAGAAUCGCCGGUCGCGCUUUAAUUUACUCUGCCUCGGUCGGAACAAACACUCUGUUUCCUCUAUAUCUCUGAACGGUUUCUAUUGUCGAACGCGUACGCCUGACUUACUUCUUUGGGAAUACCUGUGCAUAGUCCCCCUCAUAAAAAAUAAUACAGUGGGGUUACACAGCCUAUCCUUGCCGAAUCGCGGAAUGAGGGUCAGAUGUGAUCGGUCCGCGUCAGCUGAGGGACCAGUGCGUGGGUGAAUGCCUAGCCAGGCGUCGAGAUCACGCUCGGCGGCGGCCAUGAACAGCCUGAUCUUGCACCGAAAGCACGAUGGACGCGGGGGAAAAGAUUCGGGUUGGUGCUACACAAUUGAAAUUACACUCAGAUCAGCAUUCCCUGUCUCUGGGUACGAUUAUUCUCGUCGCUUCCGAGAGACGCGCGUAAAAAGUUAUCGGUGUCUGCAUUUUACAAAAACCUUACUGGAGAUGUAGGAGUCCUCUAGUCGCGUUCAGUAAAGUCGAUAAUUGGCGCUACUGUUGCUCGCGGACGCGACAACCGAAGCACUGACUUCGCAUUGCUUCAGAGUGAGGACGCGUCUUCUGAUUUACUUGUUUGAAUUUGGCGGACAAGCAUCAGUAAUGUAAAAUUUUAGUAAAACUAUUAUCCGUCUGCCGAAGUGUCGUUUCAUAAGUCAGUCGGCUUACAAAAUAAGGCGAGGAUAUUCCCUAGCUAGUGCGGUUCUUUCCGACGACUAAUCACACGUAGGGCUCGGAAAAGAGGAUGGGAGCAGUCGGCAUCGGAAACGGUAUUGGCUGUUGCGUGAUAACAAAAGUCAUAGCACGGGCCGGCUUGACUCGCGAACACGCGAGCACAAACAGUCUGUUCGGGGAGCUGAGCCCAUUCUAAGGCCGUCACCAGGGCCGUCCGAGGGCUUCUUGAGGUGUGAACCCUGAACCACCAUCUUAAAAGUGAGAAUAUUAAUCGACCAUCGAUCUACCCUUGACUCGAUACUGUCCUUCCGUCAAGUGACGAAACGCGUUUACGGUCAAGGCAUACGUGACUGUAGGCGGCCGGUUGUGCUGUUCUCUCGACGACUUGGAAUAUGCGAUUGGACAUGAAGAAUUUCGCAAAUGCCAUGAGCCAUCCGGCUUCAUUUUGCGUUCUUUUUUUACCUUAGCCUCAGUUCGGCAGACAAUUUUGGGUCUGCGUCCACUGUCAGCCUAAGUACGCAGUCCAACCUUGCGCGCCAUGGCCAAAGAUGCUGACGCAGGUUCUAGAAGAUGUCCGGAGACGUGCCACCAAACUGUAGUUUCUGCCUCCUCUUAUUUACAUCUUGACCUCGUUUUACCCCGUCGACUACUGGCGAUUCUUUCAUCCUACCAUUGUGGUUGAGACCUAGGCGGUUGGUGUCAUGAGACACAACCUUGACAAUCAUCGAUUUAGACUUGUAGUUCACCUUAAAGAACGAGGCGCCUCCAAGCACGUGAUUGCCCACCACCGUUCAAGUGUUACUGUCACUCUGUGUCGUGCUAACCCACUCGGAAACUCUUAUCACUCUCACAUGUGUUGGAAAGAUAUACAGCACUCUGGAAGUCAGCUAUUUGGCAUUUAAUAAAUCCUCAAUGAAGUUAGCGCGGUAAACACCUGUGACUUCAAGCAUACCGAUAUCUGUUAUUCUUAUUUCUGCCUCUGCUUGCGCCGUUUUGUCUAGAUCCCUUCACAAUCACCAUGAUGGUGAUUUCCUCCAUAUUGAACGCUUCGUACACGUUCUCGUGGGACAUCAUCGUGGACUGGGGCCUGUUGGACUUCAAGGCCAAGGACAAUCCUGGUCUGAGGGACGAACUGGUUUACCGGUUUCGCGCUUAUUACUACUGUGCCAUUUUCGAGGACAUGAUUAUCCGUUUCUCCUGGACACUGACUGCUCUAUUCCAGUAUACCUACCCUGAUGUGGUCGAGGUCGUGAGAACGGUUGUUUACUUCGCGGAAGUUUCAAGGUGCUUUCACUCUGCCAUAAUCACCCUCUCUCAUACUUAG